AUGGCCACAGCGGUACAGAACCCCCUCAAAUCGUAAGUACCUCACCUUUCCUGUGCCUUGGCGUUUUUUGUGUUUGUGCAUGCUGUCAGUGCAGUUAGAGACCCCUAAAUUCUCUGAUAUUUCUCAGCAUGACCACAGGCACAUCUAUACAUGCAAAGCAGAGAUAAUGUCAGCGGAUGCGAAUCAGCCCUGAAGAAAAGUUAAAUUUAAAGCUGACGAGGGGGUUCUGCUUUUUGGCAUGGGGGGAUUGUUUUGCGCUCCGAUGCAAGCCGUAUAAUUAUUUCCUUGAGCCAACAGCAGCGUGUGUGUGCAGGGAUAUGGAGGAAUGCUGGAGGUAGAUUUGGGUGACCCGGUAUGUCCCUUGCCAGUGUAGCCAGCCAAGAUCACGGUCAAAGCCGGGAUGGAGAGGCAGGCUGGCCGGGAGGCAGAUGGCUGUACAGUACCUGUGUGCACAUUUUUUAGGCAGAGGGGUAAACAGGUAGGCAGAAUGAGGCUCAGAGCUCAGGUUUAAGGCUGCAGCGUUACCUUUCCUGCCGGACCUUCCAAAAUAUACAGGCUGAGGUAAAUAGCAGCUGCACGGAAUCAACUCCGAGAGUUGCUCUCAUCUCCAGCGCCUAGAAUAAAGCCUAGAAUAAAAUCUCAUAUGAAAACCGGUGUUUUUAACUCAACCAGCAUUUCUAUAGACAUUUAUUUCCACUAUCGCUUUCUUAAACGUCCGGAUUUCCCUUUAAGUUUCCCAUGUGAUACUCCCCUUUGUGCAGGAUUUUGGGGCUCUUUUUUGUUUUUCGGAGACUGCUUUCAGCGGAAUGCAGACGCCUGCUGCUCGCCUGGGCUCCCGGCCAAAAAGGUGGCUGAUGUGCGUCUGUCAGUGGGUACUUACACAGAUUUCUCCGCGAAUAAAACCCCCCACAAUAGCUCCAGUAUAAACAUACAACCGAGGAGUGUCUGAGCUCUCCAAAGACCCGGCUUAGACAGUUAGAAACAAAGGAAAAGUCAGAGACCUGUGUGCAGAAGCAAGGGCGCGCAUCGGAUGCUGCUGCACAGGUUUCACCUGAGCAGGGAUGGGAUACAGACCGCCUGCCUCCCCGUCUGUCUGUCUGUAUGUCUGUCUGUUUGUCUGUCUGACUGACUGACUGACUGACUGUCAGCCUCUCAGAGAUGCAGACUCAGGCGACAUUUUCCUGCAAAUUCCAUGAAGGACCGGCCUGUACGUGCCCGCUUUGAAGAGCACUUCACAGGAGAGAGGAAGCAGGAAUGGUGCUGAUUGGGAAACUGUGCUCUGCCCUGAUUGAGUGUGAUGCUAUUUUAGUGUUCGCACCGUGCACACAUCCCUAUAAUACUGAGUUAGAACUGUGUGAAUGCCGCCGAUAUGGUUUGAUCAUGGUUUAAUGAGUUGGUAUCAGGUAAUGUUGAGUAAUGAGAGGACAGAGUCUGAGCAGGUGGACUGGACAGAGGCUGUAAUGUAGGACCUUUGAGCUCAGAGCUUCCUCCUCCUCCUCUUCCUUCUCUCUUCCAUGGGAUGCUCAUCCAAGCAGAGCCAAAGUGUGUCCAGAUUGCCCCCACAGGCCUUCGCUGACACCGUGUCAGGGUAUUAAAUUGGCUGAUUUGCAUUGAGUACAUAUAGAUGUGGUACCAGGAUGGAGUGAGAGGCCAGGUUAGGAUUACUUUAUUUUGCUAAGAGGAAUAAAGGAAGCCAGAAGUACUUUAAAGGAUUUGGUUUAAAAGGCUCAAGUCCAGAAACCAUGAAUAGUGCCAUCUUCUUUCAGUGGUGGUUCUGUAUUGAUUUAAUAGCUUAAAGUUGGACUUAGGAGGAAAACCCAAGCAUAAAACAAAGAUUCAGACCUGUAGAGAUGCUGGAUACCCCAUCUGACUCCAACAUCUGACUCUAUGUGCAAUAAUAAAGCUGAAUGUAUUUAUUACACAAGGCUACAGCAAUCGACUGCUUUCAACGUCUCACCAAGUGUAUAAAUGCCAUCGUUACGGCGUAUUGGGUUUAAGUACAUCCGAGUCGCCACACUGAGAAGAGGCCUUUAAAACAAGCCUUGCUAAUUAGCAUAUCUACAAACAAACUUGCUGUUAGGGACUUACAAAUUAAAGGCCUAUCCAGUAAAAUGUGCCAAACAAGCAGUGAAAUUUGGUUUCCUGUCAGUCCUAGUAGGCGAUUUGCUGUGUGCCUCAGAGUGUUUAAAGAGCUGGUACUGUGGAGGUAAAGUCGAGGAUGUCAAUAGUCCACAGGAGGAAAGUUUCAGAGUGUGAGGCAAAUGUGUGUUGGAGUAAUCCCAGGAUGAGACCGCAGGCGGCUGACAACUUUGUAGCCUGGCAACAGUGGAGAAGAGUACAGAAUGCUAGGUCUCAGAUAUCAGAUUUCAGAUAGGGUAGGAUUUCAGAUAGGGUUCUGGAAUGGUGGGUUCUGAAAUGAAGGGUUCCAGAAUAGUAGUUCCCGGAAAAUUUAGCUCUGGAAUUCUAAAUUCUUAAAUAUUGGAAUAUCAGAAUAUUUAGGAAUGCUGGGUUCAUGGAUUAUGGAUUAUAUUGUCUUUUUAUGUAUCUUGGAUGGGCUGAACUGAAAUGGGAAUUCCCCUUGUGGGACUGAUAAAGGAAUAUCAAUCAAUCAAUCAAUCAAUCAAUCAAUCAAGAUGCUGGGUUUCAGAAUGUUAUCUCCCGGAGUGCUGGAUCUUGGAAUGUUGAAUUGGAGGAUGCAGAAUUUUAGCACGCUGGGUCUCUGGGUUUUAGAUGUUGAGUUCCUGAAUGCUGGAUUCUGGAAUGCUGGGUUCUAGGAUACUGGGUUACGGAAAGCUGUUUUGCAGAAUGAUGGGUUCUGAAAUGUUGGGUUCCAUAAUGCCCUAUUUGGAAGGGUUGGGUUCUAGAAUGUACCCUGAUUUUAUGAAUCUAGGUUCUUGAAUACAAGGUUACAGAAUGCUGGGUUGUGGAAUUUGCAGAAUGCUGGUUUCCAGAAUGUUGGGUUGUGGAAUGUUGUGUUCCAGAAUGCCUUAUUUGGAAAGGUUGGGUUCUAGAAUGAUUUUAGAUUUUAUGAAUCUGGGUUCUUGAAUAAUAUUACUGGGUUGUGGAAUUCUUGGUUUCAAUAGCUGAGUUCUGAAAUGUUGAGUUUGAGAGUGUUGGGUUACAGGAAUGUGGGUUCUGGAAUUCUGUGUCCUGAAAUGUUUGAUUCCGGGAAUGCAAGGAUUUUGAAUGUCUGGAUGAGUAAUGUUGGGUUGCAGGUUUUCAAAAAUGUUAUGUUCCAGAAAGCUGGAUUCUGAAACAAUGGAUUCUGGAAUAGUGAGCUCUGGAAUGCUGAGUGUUUGAAUGUUAGGUUCUGAAGUAAAUGGUUCCAGAAUUUUGGAUUCUGAAACACUGGAUUCUAAAGUGUCAGGUUUGGAAUGCCAGUUUCAGAAUACUGGGUCCUGGAAUGUCACAUCUUGGAAUACUGGGUUCUGAGAUGCUUUGAAGUGUCUUAAAGAGACAGUAGCUUAAAAAAAGUGUUUCAGACUGAGGUUGAAAUAAAGGUUUUUGAACACACUAAUCUGAGACAAAUUAAGAAUUCAUUGAGCUCUCUGUCAUGUUAAACUACUCCUAGAUUUUUAAAAGGACAAUGAAAAACCUUAAGUUGAGUGUAAUUCCCCCUUUCUUUCAACCUGUGUUGAUUUUAGGCUGUAAAUAUGAAAACUUAACGGGUAUAUAUUCUGUUGAAAGCAGAUCCAGUUGUUGCCUGGCUAAGUGUCAGCGGGGCCUGCAGUUCUCAGUGCAGUGUGAUAGCUGGCUGAUGAGUGCAUGUGAUGAGUGUGUGUGGAAGUACAGUGGAGGGUUCAUCCGUGUGUAAAGACAAAUCAGUGAAGGAGAGAAGAGCUGGGCAUCCCUCUUUCCGUCUAUCUCUCUGCUGGAUUAGAGACCUGUUUAAUCUCUCUUCCUCUCCUUCUCCUCUGCUUCUGUCUCUUUUAUUCCACUCUGUCCUCCUAUCACCCCUGCUUUCCCCCUCCCUCCUUCUUCAUCACUUUCUUCAUCCAUCACUCCUUUUUUCGCCAUCACUCCUUUUGUUCAGCCAUUUCCUCUGUGACUCGCCCGCUCUCUCUCUUUUUUCCAUUUGCCGUCUUUUUCAGCCCCCAAACCAUCUGAGCUCUCCAAGUCGUUCAGGCUGCACCCUCACCUCACACUACCCCCAACCCCCACCCUCUACCUUCCACCCUCCAUCAUGGCUCUGUACAUUGUGAAGCAGGGCAUGUCGCCACUUUAAUAUUCAGCAAAAAGAAGUGUCUCUGCAUUUUGUUGGAUCCCUUAAAUUUGGCUUCUCAGAGUUGCUUUAGGUGGAUUUGCUGCAGAUUUGGACUAUCUACCGUUAGAAAGUGUUUAUAAUAUACUGUUUAUACUAAAUUAUACCACCUUUACUUUUGUGGCAUCAAAGAUUUUUCAAUUUUGAUGGUGCUGAAUGAACGUAAGUGAUGAAAUCUUCAAAUAAUGGAAUACCUUUUGGGAAAUGGAGCGUAAAGUUAAAUAAGGAGUAGAAAUUUGACUUUCGGACUCAAAUUUUGAAGGUGCAGGUGCCCAAAUUCAUCAAAAUGACUCGUGACGUGGUGUAUACUUCAGCUUUAUUACUUUUUUGUGCUGGUGAGGUGGCAGAUGUAGAUAAUAGUGUGCCGUGCUAUUGUGGCAGGGCCUAUAUAAUAUUAUUUCUGCCCUGCCUGACUGAGCCCAGCUAAAUGAGUUCUGUGUAAUAACCGGCUGUGUGUGCAAACAGCCCCACGUGAUGGUUGAAAACCACAGCCUGAGCAUCCAUUUCUAGACCUUUCUUUCUCCUCCAGUCUCUCCCUUUCAUUCCCUCACUCGCUCAUUUGUGCGGCAUCACUUGUGUGCGUUUCAGGACACACAAACACACACAUAGAUGCACACAGUUGCACUCCUUCAUUCUAGUUUCUGGUGCUCAGUCCUUCGUUUGGAGUGAGCCUGAGGUCUGAUGUUUUUAGGGGUGUUUCGUUUUUUCAGUUAUUCUUUUCAUCAUCCUCUUAUUUAGACUUUCUAUGUGUUUUACUUCCUGUUUUUUUUUUUUUUAAAGAAGAUAGGAUGGAGAGAGAAUGAGAAAAAGAGAGAGACAUAGAUAAGUAUUUUUAGCUCUAUGACCUAUUUCUCCAGUGCUACCUAACUGACUGACAGUCAGCUCCACUGCUUUGGGACCUUGCAUGACUUUAAGCCAGGAUAUUUGGAAUUUGUAGUUCUUUUUGCCUGCAAGUUGUAGUCCAAAUGUAGAGUGUGGAAAGAAUUCAGCAACCGAAAAUAAUUCUCUUCUUUCCUCAGCAGUUUCCUCCCUUGUCAUUCCCUAUUUAUAUUAUUUCCAGUGUCUUUGCGUGUCCAGUGCAUCCCUAUCUUGGACUUCUCAAGGGUGGAGUCAACACAAACCAAUGACUGCUUCUCUCUGCAGCACUUUAAUAAGGAUGCAGACUGGAGGGGGGGUUAAGAAAAAGCACGCACGCACUCGCACACAUGCACUCACACGUGCACACCAAGAUUCAGAGGUAGGGAAUCCAUCCACAUAAUAAGAGGCCAAGUGCAGUGGUGAUAAAUCUCACCUGAAGGAGCUGUUCGGAGGCAGAUUGCCUUACCCUGAUGUACUGCCCUCAAUACCCACUGCAGCUAUAGCUACCGAAUAUAUAUACACCCACACACAUAGACUGGGAGGAAUGCACAAACAGAUAUUUAUGCAUGCAUAAAUAGGUGUGCACUAUUUCUGAGUGUGCAUGCAUUUGCAGACAGAAACAGGAAAACAGAACAUGCACAUAUGAGGGUGAUCACAGUUUUAUAGUGACUCCAGAAUAACCACACCCAGUGGACAACCAGGGACACACUCAGGAAAUGAGAUGUAACUCUUCAUUACGAUCACACACAGCAGGUAACACAAAGUUCUGACAGAGAUGGCAUGUUUGUAGCCUGGCUCUGCCUCGGUUUACCUUCCUCACUCCGCCUGUCUGCCCGUCAGAUCUCUCCAUGUUCAAAUAUGCAAGCAGUCAGUCAUAGAAACACACAUUCAAACACACAUACAUACUCACAUGCCCAGAUGCAUUGCUGUGACAGCAAUUUGUGUAAACUGACGUUUUCCAGCUGGUAGUGUGGCAGACGUCCCCCUCUACACACACAGAUACACACUCCUUUCUGUCCAUCUGUCUGUCUGUCUGUCAAUGUCACAGCGAGUGUGUGGCCUCUUUGUCUUUGUGACUGACAUGAACUCUGUCACCACACACACAUUUAGUGUGUCUCUAUCUGUUUUCCUUAAGCUAGGCUGGAGCUGGACCUCUCUGAUGUGUGUCCAGUGGGUCUGAAGGUUUCCCCAUUUUACUGUACAGUUUAAAUUAUUUUAAGUGCUGCAGGAGCAGCCUGUGACAAAUGAGAAGAGUGAAUAUUUUAGUUUUGUUCUCCAAAAAAGAACUACUGUUUACGACAGACAAAGAUGAUACACAUCAUUGUUUCUCUUAAAUGAUUCAAGAACAGUAUCCUGCAUCCAACAUCUCAGUGUGUCACUGUUUUCACUCCUUUUGGUUACAGUAUCUCAAACCAUUGUUAAUGAAAAACUAUCAACGAUUUUAUGAAUGUAGGAAUCAAAAUAGAAGUAAAAUUGUAAGAAUAAGGAUGCAUCUAUCUAUCUAUCUAUCUAUCUAUCUAUCUAUCUAUCUAUCUAUCUAUCUAUCUAUCUAUUGUAGAUAUAUUAUAAAUAAAGCAGGCAUGAAUAGAUGAUGUAAUGUUUGUUGCUAUUCAAAGAUAUGAAAAUAUAUAAUGUAAAAAUGUAUAGAUUUAUAUCAAAAUAUACAGAUCAAUGAUAAGAUAGUACUAUCAAUGAUAACAUUCCAAAAUUAAAAUUAACAUAGAAACAUACAUACGUAGAUAACAAAAUAACAAGAUAUGAAGUUAUUAAAAAAAGUGAUUAAUAUAUUUACAUAAACAGUAUAAAGUGUGUAAAGGACAUUAUUUACAAAAAAAGUAAGACAUAUGAAUGUAUACUUAAUAUAAAGAAUAAAGCCAUUUAUGUAUAUUAGAUAGAUAGAUAGAUAGAUAGAUAGAUAGAUAGAUAGACUGUAUGUGUAUAUUUAUAUGCACAUAUACACAUUUAUACCUGUAAAUGUAUAAUACUUAUGUAUAUAUAUAUAUGUAUAUAUACAUAUAAAUAUAUUUAUAUAUAUAUACACACACACAUAUAUGUUUAUAUAUAUAUAUAUAUACAUAUAUAUAUAUAUAUAUAGAGAGAGAGAGAGAGAGAGGGAUUGUUCAGAAGCCACAUAGACACACAUGCACCCACAAACAUAUUCACACAUCAGGAGAAAAAGGAAAAAAAGAAAAAAUAUUUUCUUCCAGAGUGUGUGAGAGAGAGAGAAAGAGUGAAGAAAUUGAAUUGAGGGUGGUGCGGAUGGGGGAGGAGGUGGGGGGGGGGGGGGUGGGGGGGGGGGGGGAAUCGUAAGGGUGAUAUUGCAUAGUUUAAUCUGUUGAGUUCAGCCAUGGAAGGGUUUGGUCGGGGGGAGGGGAGAAACAGUACAGCAGCAGGCUGCCUGAUAUUACUUCUCCACUGUGCACACAAAGCUCCACAGGCCAGGGCACUUUGAUAUGUGUGUGUGUGUGUGUGUGUGUGUGUGUGUGUGUGUGUGUGUGUGUGUGUGUGUGUGUGUGUGUGUGUGUGUGUGAGAGAGAGUAUGUGCAAGUGUUUGUGUGUGAGAACCUGCACAGAUGGACAAUGGUGAAUGAGACAGGUGUGUGGACCAGGUGUACGGACUUGAUUAUGUAGGCACGAGUGUUUUAACAGGCUUAAAUCUUAAGCAUACACAGAGCUAACAGCCUCAGUCUGCAGCAUUUGCUAACAAAUCUCAAGUGCAAAUCAUGCUCAUACAGUCUGCCCUCAGCCCUCAUGAAGCCAUUUACAUGUGAACUACUUUGGCUCCUUCCAGUUUAAUUACCUACUCCCACCCUGCUGGAGACCAGCGCUGAAAUGAAGUCCUUUGUUGGCGUUUUUUGUAAUUGUGCACUCAUUUUCAUGAUUUCCUCAUAUUUCUCACCGGCUUCUCCAAUGAUGUAAUUUCACCUCUAGGGGGAGCCCUCUGUUUCUAUUUUGGUUUGGGAACCAGCUAAUUGGUGUGGUUAAUUGCAGUGUAACCAGAAACUGCUGCCGGCAGUGUGAACGUGUGUGUUCAUGUGUGUGUUUUUCAGAAUAUGUGUGCAGUGGACAGAGACUCAGUGUGUGCUGAAGUGGACUGACUCUGCUGGAUGGGACUUGAGGGAUCACCCAGAGAUUCAGACAAUAGCUUACCCUGGGUGGGCCUGUGGGGUGGCAGUGCAGUUAAGGAACGCUGUACGUCUGCUGCCUGUCAGAAGCACGAAUGUGUGUGUUUGUGUGAGUGUGAGUGUGUGUGUGUUCUUAGUUUUUCAGUGUUUUCAUGGAGCCCUCUCCCUCCCUGCUGUUUGCUAAGUGCAGGCUGAGGCAGACAGCUCAAUGUGGGCUCAGGAUUCACACUCACACUCACACUACAUGCUGUUGGCACUCUCGCUCCUUUUCUUUAUCAAAUCUUGACUCAGUGUGUGUGUGUGUGUGUGUGUGUGUGUGUGUGUGUGUGUGUAGGGAUUCAUUAAGGAAUAUUUUACACUUGCACAAAGUUACCUCUCUGGUAUUUUUUCUGCACACCUCCCCACAGUUCAGUAUUCAGGAGCAUGUUUCUGUUGCUCUGCUGUGUGUGUGCACGUGCAUGCAUGAGUUCAGGUGUCCUUUCCAGUUUCUGUGCCCUUGCUCAGUGCAGGCCUGAUUGUCAUUUCCAUCAUGUCUGCCUGGAUGUUUUUGGUAGUCAGCUCUGGUCUGUUGGGGAGUUGGCACUUUGCCAGGUAAUUCCUAAAGCUGCUGGUAUAUCUCCCUGCGCCACAAUGUCUGUGUGCAUCAAUUGAUAACAAAUAUAGCUGUAAUCCACCUGAAAUAGAAGCAAUUUGAUGAUUCUUGGAAAACAAAAAUGAUUAAAAUUUCAAAUUUAGCUCUAAUGCCAAAAGAGGCAUUUACCCACAGUUUGUGUGUGUGUGUCUGUGUUGGUGCAGCCAGUGUGGAGCUCUCCUCAUCGACUGUGUGGUUCGAUGAUGGGCAGUUUGGUUUCCCUGUGCCUCUGCCUGCGGUUUGUGUUUUCAGUAGCUGCUCGGUCGGUAGGAUCGCUGUGGCCACAGGCCAGAGUGAUGCAGCUAUGAGAGUUUCCCCACAUCGCUGAGGAAAACCCUCCAUUUCAGUUCAUUCAGUGUCUUAUCCUUUUCUGUUACUGCUUGUUUACUUCCUUGCUGUUAGAUGAUGUAUAAGAUAGGGAUGUGCUUGUUUGGCAGACUCACAGAUUAAAAGUUUUCACCUUCAUUAGUCUGCAGCGUUACUUCAGAAUUACUCGGUUUGAAAAAUCUUUGAUAUUCUUAUUAUUGUAGGCUCAAAACGCUGGUCAUGUUGUAUCUUAGCUACAGAAUAGCCUCAACUCUGGUUAAGUGCUGCUGCCCAAAUGCUGUGAUGCUUUACCAUCCAGAUGUAAACAAGCACCGAUGCAAUGGGCAACUGGCACAGACAUGCAAGUGUUGACCCGCCAGAAAGACUGUAAGCUCAGCUCGUGUUAACCACACGCUGCAAGUCCAUUUUUAGUUGAUAGAUUUUAGGGCAUUUUCACCUUUAUAAGUAAGGGCAAGUGAGGAAAUAUUGAAACUAUGACGAGCAGGGGAAGACAUGCAACAUGCAAAGAGUCUCAGCCAGGAAAUGAACCAGCAGCUGCCAGGACGUAGACUACAGCUCCUAUACAGCAGUGCCUUAACAGCUAGGCUAUCAGCGCCCCAGUGCAAACCAGUUUGAUAUUGUUUACAUGCAACUGUGAAAUCCAGUCCGACCAUUUCCUGAAGUUCAGUGAAAGACUGAUUUCAGAAGAGAAGUGACAGCUCUCAGAUGAGGUCUCAGAUCUAAACAAGAGCCCAAUGUCAAAAGUUUGUACAUGAAGAAACACAAACUUGUGAGAGAAAGGUGAAAAUGGAAGUUCAUUGUUAUCUUUUGGAUAUGUUUCUAUGUAAACAGCUUUUAAGCUGAGCUAAUGCUAAAGCCGUUUUGAUUAGAAAAGGUUUAUUUCUUUGCUGACUUGGUUACCUCUUUGUUUUAACACAAACAGAGGCAGUAAAUUAGAAUUAGAUCUAAAAGCUGGCAAUCAAUAUUCAUGGGCUUACAUAAAUUUUUGUUGAAGGUGAAUUUUGGUUUUCGUUGGGAAAAUUGUGUUUGCAGCCAUCUUUGAACAACAAGUAAUGAAAUGUCACGAAGCUACGGAUUGUGGCUCUGUUUUUACAGGCUUUCCUCUUCUUGCCUAUUUCCUCUCUCUUGGUCAUCUUCUGUCCUCCGCCCAUCACACUCCCCUUCUCUCCUUCUCCGAGAGUCUUCUCCAAACUUUUUCUUUCCGUACCUCUCAUCCUUGGCCUCGAGUGCCUGAUCCCUCCUCCCGCUCAAGCCUCCAAACAGGCAAACAGUCAUGCAGCUCUCCUAUCUCAAUAUAAUGAGAUUGGGAGCACCGAAAUUGAAAGAAGCCAUUUUCUACAGCUGUCAACUUAUUAUCGAGGAGGGACUGACUUAUUCCAGAGAAGAGGGAGGGGUGGAGGUGAUGGAGGGAUGGAGAGUUUGAAGUGAGGAGGUGUAGGGGUGAGCUGUUUUACAUUUUGAAUGUUUUCUCUUUUUUUCUGCUCUGGUUUCUCAGUCCGGUCACUCCUGCAGCCUUGAAGUCUUUCUAUCCACCAUGAGUGUUUCAGAGUGUUUGGGGAUCUUUUAAACUGUUAGAGUGUUUAUUCUCUCUCUUUUUGACCAUUUACCUGCAAUCAUGAGGUUUGUUUGUACCUGAGGGGAAGGUAGCCUCUUUCUUUUGUCCACCUUUGCUGGAGAUCAACUGAUUUUUGUUUAUUUUAAAUUUGAAGAGGGUAACUGGCACAAUACUACAGCAGAGUGAAUUUCUGGUGCAGCAAAGAGGGAUAUUCCAGCGUAAAUGUAAGUUAUGGUCAAACACACCAAAACACGAAAUUAGACACCCCCUCCAGAGAUGAAUGUUGCCAACUGCUUGCUUCUCUAGUUAUACCAACUUUAGUAAUGACCGCACAAUAGCAAUACACAGCGGUCUACGUCUCCAUGCACAAACCUCAAUCAAAAACCACUCUAUAGCCACAAAUAAUGCUCAGAACAGCACCGAACUUCAUCAACAGUACAUAUAGGGUUCCAGCCAUAGUACUAGCCAUCAAACAUCUUUUUAGCUUUGCCUGGUUUCUUUAGUGGAGAGACCAAACACAACUCACCCACUCUCCUCCAGCAGCUGCUUGUUUGUGAGUGAGUCCUGAUGAGUUGAUCACGGAUUGCAGCGGAGUUUCGCAGCUCAAGGAAGAACAUUCAUGAUUAUUACUUCAUGGAAAUGCAAUCAGAGUUCUUGUGUAUCUUGUAUGUGCACUACAGAUGCGGUAGUUUUUCUGCCUAAGUGUCUCAGUCUGAUUGCAUCAUCAUUAAGUAGUAAUCAUAAAUUUUCCGCUGCACUCAGUGAUCGACUCGUCAGUGCGUGGAGACGUAGACCACAGUGUAUUGCUGGUCAUUGCUGAAGUUGGUAUAACAAGAGAAGCAAGCAGUCGGCAACAUUCAUCUCUUGAGGGGGUUUCUAACUCGGUGUUGUGGUGUGUUUGACCAUAACUAAAAUUUAUGCCGGAACAUCCCUUUAAAAUACGUACAGGAGCAUAAAAAAAGUGCAAUAAUUCCAUCAGUUAUUUAAGAAAAUAAAAGUUUAAUAACUUACAGAGUCAGUUUACAAAAAAAUAGAAUUUAUCAAGCAGUUUUAUAUUUUAUUUUUGAUCACUAUGGUCUACAUCUCAAAAUAUGGGACUAUUUCAUCUUUAGCUUGUGCAAAAUAAAUUAUAUGAACAGUAUAUAUAAAAUAUCUCUGGGCCUAGUUUCGUACAUGCAACCACAACCAAGGGGCGAGCAAGCAACAGGGAUAACUGCAGCCCUUAUGAAAACUGUCAACAAAAGCAGAAUCAGGCACCUGCCCACAGCGCCAAAACUCCCACCAAAUGGUUUGCUGAUCAUGAUCUUACUGCACUUGAUUUUCCAGCUAUCCAGUCUGAGCUCAACCUCAUACAGAAUCUGUGGAAUAUUUGUCAAGAAGAAGACAAGAAACUGCAGAUUCAAAACAGACCAGCUAAAGCCGCUAUCAAAGCUAAUCAAGCUUCAGUAGCAUCUCAUUAGAGCUACAGACUAAUGCUACAGACCUCCAUGCCAAGUCACGUUGAAGCAGAAAUCUAUGAGGAAUACCUAAAAAGAACUUUGUGAUGAUAUUUUGAUUUCUUUACAUGGAUGGGUAGUGCACAGCACUUGCAGCAGGCACUGGGAUGUACACAGUCGCAUUGUCUCCAGCAGAAGGCUGCAGCUCAUUCUCAGUGACACGUUAUCAGACAUGAGCACAGCAUGGCCCACAUAUUGACGUCUUAAUCACAACCUUUAAAUGUCACACGUCCAGCCCAGACCUGUAAGGUUGCAGAGAAGGUUUGGAGGUUUUGAAGAUGCUGUGCACAAGCUGUCAGUGUGCAGGAGCAUCCGCGGGAAUCUGAUGGUAAAGCAGACUGUCCUAACUUACAACAAGAAGGGUUGAUUUCUUCAAUUACAUUUACUCAUCAGAGAUCUAACCCCAGUCAUUUUGAUAGAGUUGAGUAAUUUAUGACAGUUCACAUUAUUCAGCAUUUUAGCAGUAUGCAUCAAUGUAAAUAUGGCUGAAUUAGUACAAUAGCUGAAUAUCCUUUGUAGUCUGCAGUAAAACAAAUGACAGACCCUCAUGGUAGAAACUGGCUAAAAUGAAACAAGGGCCCAAAGUUGCCAGGAAAAUUAAAUUUGAAGGGUUUAAACUGCAAGUAAGCUUCUUUUAGAAUCUGUUUACUUUUUUGGUUUACCAGCUCUAUUUUUAUAUUUGUCAUGUCUGGUGUGCUUUUGUUGCUGAUUUGCAACCCCUAACAGAUCAUCUCUGCUGUACACAACACCGCUGGUUCUCACCAAAACAUGCAGCAUAAAAUGAGACCAUAUGCUUGUUUCUACCUGAUGAAAAAUCCAACAAAACAUGCAUGUUCUAGUACAAUCCUAUCAAUUAAUUAUUCGAUACUCUAUUAAUUGUUACAAUCUUUAAAAAAAACCAGUAAAAUGAUGCCACUCAUAGGACUCAUAGGAUGAUAAUUUUAUUUAUUUUUUAUGUAAUGAGUAUUUCCUUAAAAUCUGUCUUUGCUAGAUUGUUCAGAUUGAGCAAAGGCCUAAGCAUUGAUAUGCAUUUUAAAAACUUAAUUCUUACUUUUACCCCAAACAUAACGCCACAGACUUAAUGCUAAGGCAUUAAAAACUAUUCCAGCUUUGCUUUUUGAUGCACAACAUUUUGUUUCUUUGCAUGGCAGACUUUUUGAGCUGUAGCCUGUAGGUUGCAAACUUCUGCAAGACAACCGGUUGACUGAGAGACAGUUUUUAGCUUGUGGCCUUCACCGGGGAGUAGCUGUAAGGUAUUUAAUUAAAAGUGAGCUUCACUGAUUUCACAAACCAAAGUCUGUUUACAUGUUUUUGGGAGCCGUGCCGUGUGUGUGAACAGCUGUAUGAAGCCUUUUGUGGCUCCAGAGGGAGCUCAGUGAAAUCAGAUAAUAUGUGUCAAGUGUUGUCACUUGAGUCUGUGAUGGUUCUGGCUUGAGGCAGCAAAUAUGAAAAUAAAAAAUGAUAAUCCAGGAGUGUCAGGCUGGAAAGUAGAGAGCCUAUCAAACCUCUGAAGCCCAUUCCUCAUCUCAGCUGGAGGCUAGCAGCUUGGGGCUACAUUAGCUCCUGCUAGCACAACAGAAAUUCUACUCAACCUGCAGUGUUGUCUGUCAAGUUGCAUGGUGGGUAAUGCUGCAAAAAUGGUUUUGACAAGAAGAUAAGACACUUAAGAUAUGACAGAAAUUAUCCAUGAUUCUGCUGAAAAUAGAAACAUUUAUCAGAUAUGAUGGAACUGGAUUCAUCUUUGCUGCCAUCGCACAGUGCAUGCACUGAAAAACUCAAUGCAGUUCAGCGUCUAACCCCAAGUGUAAAUAAACUUAGUGGUGUUUCAUGAAGUGCAAACAGACAUACAGUAUGUGCAGAACUGUAACAGAUUGAAAGUCACUUAAUUUGUACAGAAGCAGAUUAAAUAAGAAUAAAUAAUGAAAAAAAAGUUUCAUGUUUACAAUGUUAGGAUAUGCAUAUACUUAUAAUUUAAUUCAAGCAUGUAAUAAGGCUUGAAAUAAUAAAAUUAACACUGCCAGUGUAACGGUUGGAGUAGAGACAAUGUUUCCCGGAGACAUGAGCCAGUCAUGUUAUUGUCAUGGUAACAGGGAGAAAGUUGCCAGAUUACAUGCUGAUUUAUUAAUCCACAACACAGACAUCUGCUCAGUCAUAGACUGUAUAUAGAAUGGGUGCCGUCUGUCUCCUCACUGGGUGAAGCCUCCGCGAGAACAGCACCCUCUGGUGAUGGGCUGCAGUAUAGGUCAUAAAUCCCACCUCCUCCCGCAAACUUAAUGGGGUUGAGGAAAAACUUAAGAAAUUAAUUACACAGAAUAUACAUUUUUCUUCCUGCUGGUUGCAAUGUUGACCUGUAGUUACUACAAGACUGGUUCGUGCUCAAGUCCUCUUUUUUCUGUGCAGCUCCUUUGUUAAAAGUUAUUAUUGAUAAAACUGUUAUGUAUCUGUUCAAAUAUUUCUGUUUCCUUUUGUAUGUGUUAUUUUUAACUAUGAAGUGGCUAGGAAAUUUGCCUAUCGGUUUAUACAACUUAUGAAUAUGCAAGGAUAGUUUAUGAUAACCAGCAUUAUCUAUCCUAACGUUACGAUUUGAUUUAAUAGAUUUAAUAACAAAUAAUAAUUAAUUUAAUAAUAAAUUAACCACUAACACAUUGGAAAAACUGCAUAGAGCUGAUCCAUAGAUUUACAAGCAGCAGCUGCACUGUGAGUGCGAGCUUUGCUUUUGGCUCUGCACUGUAUCUGUCAAUGUGUGUGUGUGUGCAACUGUAGUUUAGUGUGUCCUGUAUCUACUGUCUGUGCAGCAGUGUGACCUUGAUGUCUGCUCUCAGCAGGAAGACACUAGAGAGGAGUGAUUAACAGGAGAGAGACAAGGAGGAGGGAGAGAUGUGUGAAGCGAGAUGAAAAUCAAACCAAAAACAAGAAGAGGAAGAAGGAGAAGAAUAAGAAGAAGUGUAGCAGGAGAUGGACUGACUGCAAAAGUUAAAUAUGUAAAAACAGGGAGAGGGAAAGAGAGAAGGGGGGAUUUGAGAGAAUGAGAAGAGGAGAGGAGGAGUGACUCACCAAAUGUCUUUUGUCUUUUUUGUCUUCUCUCUGCAGGCAAUCUGGAGGUGCAGUCAUCAAGAACAGGUAAGAAGGAGGAAGAGGGAUGGGGGAGAGAGGGGGGAUAUUACACUGAAUGAUAAUCAAACUCACACCUGCACAGGUGUAAAGAUACAGUGCAUGAGCUACCCUCACGCUGGAAGAUGUGUUAAAUGUGCAGAUGUUCUGCAUGUGUGUGAGUGAGACUGUGUGUGUGUGUGUGUGUGUGUGUGUUUGUGUGUGGUUUUAACAGUGUGUGGUUGCCAGCUCGUCCACCGUGACCCAGGUUAAUAGGACUGAGCAUCUCUGCGGCCUACACACACACAUUCACACACAUACACAUGCUGCCCUUGACUUUCCACUUGAUGCCCCUCUGACUUACACACAUGCACAUACCUGAAGAGGUGUGUGCAGUUUGAAGGCUACACACAAACACACACACUACACACGGACACUUACAAAUUAAAACCUGAAAGAACCUGACCGGAUUUCACAGAGAAAUCUCCAUCUGUCGUGGAAGUCAUCACAUUUUACUCAUUUUAGCAGUGAUUUUAAGCGUGAUCUCACAUUUGAGUGAAAAUGAAUGUAUUACAGUCGGGUUUAUCACAGUUCAAAUGAAUUUAAAGACAAAAUUAAAUGAUCAUAAAUGAAUUAAAGACAGAAAUUUAACUCUGUCUAAUGUCUGCAUCCAGGGUUGUCGUGCAUCAGUCAGCUACAUCAGCAGUGAGGGUCACUUUGCUGCACAGUCUCAGUUUUAAGUAUGUGCUGUCCCCAUUUUGAGGUUUAAAGCUGCUCCCUUUAUAAUAGCUAAACUCAGGGGCUGCAUCCUCAGAAUGGUGCAUAUGAAGACUGAUUGCACCACAGAGGCACAAUUCAUACUGCAUGACAAUGAUUGGUAUUAAAGAGUAUUUAUCCAUGCAGAGUGCAAUAAACAGGCAGCCCUGCCACAAGCCAAUAAGACCUCCAGGAAAACUUCUCUUGUUCUGCAGACGAUGUGAGAGACGCUGCCCUCUGUUAGGAGGUUUAAAGCUUCCUGUUGCAGACUUGAAAGAUUGUUUUGCAUUUUUGACAAUGCCAUUGGUGGUAUUUUAUGUUGCUUAAUGCUGUAUAUUUAUGCUUGUUAAGCUCAUUAGUUUGCUACCUGUUGCUGUGAGACAGAUGUGGCUCUAUGUGAUGCAAGUGUAAGGUCAGGAAGAGCAGGUGUCAACAGAAAUCCCCCUGAAGACCACACCAGCUCACUUCUGUUGAGCCUGAACAGUCUGAGCAUGUUUGAAGGGUCCUGACCCUGACACGGGGACCAGGAGAUGUCUGUAAACCUCAUUGCUCACCCCAUGUACAUUAACCAGACUGCCUGCAGUGUCUGCAGACAUGAGUUGGUCUUUUACUUCUAUUUUUGGUUAAUUUGAACAGUUUUUGGUUAAAAUUAAUGUUGAGAGUAAUUUCAGUGAUUUGGUUUUUAAAUUAAGAUUCAGGAUUUGUUAAUGUUGGUACAGAAACAGCUCAUUGAAAUGUCCCUUCACUUUGAAACUCAGAGGACUUUCUCAUGCUUUUACUUUUUAUAAAUUAAUUAAAGCAAAGCAGCUGAAGCAGUCACACGUUUCUGUGUGUACUUGUUCAACCUCUUCAUAAACAGACAAAAAUAUUUUGUCAUGUUCAGUUUAAUGUUGGACUUCUGUCUUUGACCUUUGACCCUUACACUCCCUCCUCUUGUAUAUUUCCCUCCUACUCCUCUCUAUCUCCUCUCUCAGUCUUGGUGAGGAGUUCUAUAAGGAGGCCAUUGAACACUGUCGCAGCUAUAAUGCCCGUCUGUGCGCCGAACGCUCCAUGCGGCUCCCCUUCCUGGACUCCCAGACCGGCGUGGCCCAGAGCAACUGUUACAUCUGGAUGGAGAAGAACCACCGUGGACCAGGUGUGUGUUCGAUACCUGAGCAGGAUAAAGCAGAAAGAGCACUCAGGAGGGCUCUUUGUGUGUGUUUGUGGUUUUGCCAGCUGUUGAGCUACAGAAACAUUCCUCUCCAGCCAUUUUAUCAGCAGCCUCCUUCUUUCCUUUCCUCUCUCCUCUCCCUCAGUUCUUCCUCCUCUCUCCCAGGCCUCCUCUCUUUCACACCUCCAUGUCUUUUUUACUUUCCCAAAGGGUGUUUCCUCACCGCUCUCUCUGUCUCUGUAACAGCAGUGUGUUUUGGCAGUGAAUCAGACACCCCUGUAGGCGACGAUACGCCGCUGGCACCAGCUAUUCUACAGAGAGUGUGUGAGCAUGUGAGUGUAUGAGCGUGUGCGUUUUUGUGUUUGUGUGUGUGUGGUAAUGUUCUGAGUUUAUAGACUUUGCCUGGUUUCUGUUUGAACAAUGCUUUUGUUUCCUUGUUACUUUUAAGUUAUAGCUUUCUUUUUCUUUGUUGUUUUUGGUUUAGUUUUUUUUUAUCACUCGGUUUAUUAAACUUUUAACUAAUUUAUACUUUUAUCAUGUAUUUUUUAUCAGCUGUGUAAUUUCACACAAAGUUUGAUACACAGAAAAAAAGUUGGAUUUAUUUACACAAUUUGUGCUACAACAACAGAGAAAUGUCCACUGAUCACAUUUAAUGAGCCAUGUGAGUGAAGACCAAAUAUUCUGAAAUUAUUAUUCCAAUUGAUUAAAUUUUUAUAGUAUCGUACAGCAUAAAUAUAUACCUAUCACACGAUGAAAACUAAAAAGUUAUGCAAACAGUAAACUUCACUUGAACUCUCUGCUGUUUACUGUUGAAUUUUAACUCAAACUCUUAGAGCACCUGUGAGAAACUUUGUAUCAUUUUGAUUUUGGCGCCCCUUGUGGACAAAGACGAUCUUGUCAGUGAUGAUCUCGUAACUUUUGGAUAUCAUAAAAAGUCAUCAACAGAAAGUUUACGGAAAACUGCCCACAGCUGAGACAAUAAUCUUCUUUUGUAAAAGUGAUGAAUGGCUCAUGUAUAACACAACUUUUAAAUGAGUUUGAAAUCAUCUUCCUCAGAGUUCAUAAUCGUAGCUAAACCAGGACACAGGCUCACUUACUCUUUAAGAUGGCACACACGCUGUUAAGAUCAGAGACUGUAGUGUACUCAUUUGGGGUCUGAAUCUCUCCCUAAUAAGCUGAUCCAGUUUCAGUUUGAUUUGGAUUUGAUCCUUCAUGACCAAGACUUGAUCCAAUGAUGAGUCACAUAAAUAGAGAAUGAUUCAGUUCAAUUCGGUUCAAUGUAAAUGGAUCAUUAAAUCCAGAGUAAAUCUUGAAGUCACAAUGUAACUGAGAAGUAAAUAAAGAUGUUUUUGUCAGCCUAAAUAACAUCUUUGAUUUGAUUAUUAUUUUAUUGAAAUUGAGUUAAAGAGAAAAGCCUCACUGGGAUUAAAAGGGUCUUACAGAGUGUCCUGACUUAGACAAGCAGCAACAAAGUCAGACUGACAACAACAUACAGAGGAGCAUGUGACAAAUAAGGACCUGCAGUGAUUUUGUCUCCAUGUAGAUGAUGCAGACCAGCAGACUGAAGCAUACAGAGAGCAGUGAGGAGUUGGAGAGUGAAGGAUUGUAAUAAACCUCAGUGCUCUCUGCUCAGUGUUUUCUAACACAGAUUUAAGCUCAUAGCCAUCACUCCAACAUCAGGGUAAGGUGGCAAUAAAACAGGCUGUGACUGUUAUUACAUGAAGAUGCUUGGUGCUGCUCAGGCUGCAGACGCAGUCUGGUUUCAUGAUGCAAAACAUUGACAAAAAAAAAAAACAUUUGGAUUUCCAUUUAAAGAGUGACACACAUGUAAAGAAGGAGUGAAUACAGGUUUGCAAAAAGACUCCCUCAUUCAAUCUGACUUUUAUUUGUGUCGUAAUGGUUACUGGCUGUUUAUUUGAUAUGGAUUCAGUUGAUCUAAUUUAAUGCAGAGUUGAAAUAACAGUACUCAUACCCCGGAUCAUGUGACCAUCUCUUUUACUAAACAAACAUUUUUUUUCUGUGAUUUAUAGUUGUGAGAUUUUAAACCAAGUUGGACAUCUGUCUGUGUUUCAGGUCACGCUCCAGGUCAGCUGUACACAUACCCAGCUCGCUGCUGGCGUAAGAAGAGACGGCUAAACAUCCUGGAGGACCCACGGCUUGUACCCAUUGAAUUUAAGAUUGGUAAUAUAAAGAACUCUUUAUGCUGCAUUUGGCCUUUUACAGAUGGGACUGAUAUAAAAGAGAGCAGGGGAUGACACAGAGCAAAGGGUGAAAAUGGCUAAUGGAACAAAAGCUAAUGUAUGCUAACGCCUUGGUCGUUUUCUGUCAAGGCUAAACUUUUGGGUCAUUACAUAUCUACACAGCUGUGUAAGAGGAAACAUCCCCGAGCUGUGUCUAACUCAAUAACAGAGGAAAGAAGCCAGAACAAAUGAUUUCAGACAGAGGCUGAGGAGAAAAUGUGAAAAAAAAGUAUUUUCUGGAAAUCCAGGACCCCUCCCAAAAUCAUUAACUAAUAAUUGGAUGGAUUGCAGAUGAUAACUCAAGCUCUGCAGAAGCUGAUAUCAUUUUUUUUUGCACUGUCAUAAAUAAGUUUAGUUUCCUUGGGGCGCCGUCAGCCCGGCUGAGCAUGUCAGCGUGAGUGUGAGAUCUCUGCUGCUUUCUGAUUGUUGCUGUCUUGCUCACCAGACUAUGAGGCUUCUCUAAAGAAAGAGGGGGGCAUCCCAGACGGUCCUGUGCUGGAGUCGCUGCUCGCUGGGGAAACCCUGGACAAGAAGGUGGAAACCAAGGAGGAGGAGCCAAUGAGCGAGUGCCAGGUGAGACUCUGGUUUUGAGUUUUCUCUCUCUCUCCCUCUUCAUCACUCUCUCGUUCUCUGGUCUUGUUUUUGUCCCGUUUCAGGCUGUCUUUCUGUCAGUGUUUGUCCUUUGUCUCUCUGAGUGAGUUCUGGCAGUGACACACACUCCUGACGCUCUGAUAACUCCCUCCUGGCAUUGUGUGUGUGUGCGUGUGUGCGUGUGUGCGCGUGUGUGUGAUUGCACUGAAGCCACACUUGAUGUCUUACAGAGUUUGUACUCUACAGUGAAAAGCUGUUUGAAGGACAUUUCAGGGAAGCUAGUAUGCCUCUUUGCUUGUUGUCAACCUUCACAGUAAGAGUCUGAACUUUGGUGUAUUGUGACUCAGAAAAGACCAAAGUCCUGAAAUUUCCCUGAAUCUGUUUCCAGCAGCCAAGAAAUAUCUAGAAAAGGACAUUUAUGUUGUCCUUUAUAAAUCCUUAAAUUUUCAGUGACUUCUUCAGUCACUGCAGUGAACACUACUGUUACCUCCUAUACGCAUGCAAAGAUGGUAUUUACAGUUACUUUAAAGUGACACUAUGAUCGACUGUGGAACCAGCAGUCAGACCAGUAUCUCCUCUAACCCUGCAUCCCUCCAUUAUUAUUAAUUGUCAGUGCAUGACUGUGCCCCGCUAACAUGACACUCCAGAAAUAACUUAAUAUAUUCUGUUAUUUCUACCUUUCUUUCUUGCUUGUUUUUUUUAUCUCACUAGCUUUCCUUCCUAUUUUCUCACUUACUACAUCACAUACUAACUUAUUCACUUUAUCAACAUUGACACACUUUCCCACUUCCCUACAUACUUUCUUAGUGACUUACAGACUGGUGUCCCUGUUUACUUCCAAACUAACGUAUUACUUAAUUGCAUAGUAUCUUACUAACUUUGUUGGUAUAUAAAUGAAUAAACGUACUAAUUUACCUACUUUCUUGAUUAAUUACUCGCUACUUUACUUAGUGAGUAAUACCAUCAUACUCAUCUUACAAACUAACUUAACAAUAAUUCUAAUUAAUCACCUACAUACUACAUACUGACUUUCUUACUUAUGCUCACUCUUACUUAUUAACCUACUGACUUUUCUUUACUCACUCAUACUGACAUAUGUAAAUAUAUCUCACUUACUUAUUCAAAUAUUAACUUCUUACUUACGUACUUACACUCCUUACUUACCAGCGUAUUAAUUAACCUACUAACGUUUUCAGCCACUUAUUUUCUCACUCAGAUACUUUUGUACUUAUUAACUUUGUUACUGACUUUCUUGUUUUACUUUUUACUAUCUAAUUAGCUUAUUAACUUACUGUUGCUUUAAACACCUUCGUACUUACUUUUUAUCUUACAUAGUUAAUUUUUAAGCUACUUCCUCUUGUUUGCCUUUAUAUUUACUUUCUUACACACUUGUAAAAUGACUUUAUUAUUUACACACUAAGUUUAUAUUUAACUAACUUACUUAGUGGCUUAUUUCUUUUCCACUCACCUUCUGUUGAGUUACUUGCUUACAUCUUCACAUGUGUACCUUCUCACUGUUUUUUUGCUUCCAGCUCAUAUUUGUCAUUGUGUUAGCAUCGUUCAAACUUAGCUAACUGCUCUUGAAUGUUUUUAGAAGCAUUUUUCAAUCUUGUUGAGUUUUCAAUACCAGAAGAUUUUCUUUGCAUCACAUUUCCUACCUCAUCUUUUUUAAAACGUGUGUGAAGGAGGCUUGGUGUUGGCUACAACUAACAGUGACGGGAAGUUAAUGCUUGAAAUGAAUCCACAUAGAUGAUGUAUUCAAGGCUGGACAUAUACAAUUACAAUUACAAUGUCAUUUAGCAGAUGUUUUUAUCCAAAGCGACAUACAUACGAAUCAUACACCAGUGAAGGACACACACUAGGAGCAAGGUAGGUUAAGUGUCUUGCCCAAGGACAGAUCUUUUUCUGUUGCAGCCCCAAAUUUAUGGAACGAGCUACCCCUCCAAAUUAGACAAGCCCCCACACUGUCCAUUUUUAAAAGUCGUCUUAAAACCCAUUUUUAUUCAUUGGCUUUUAACCCUGCAUGAGACUCGGCUCAUGUUUUAGUGUUUUAUGGUUUGUUUUUAGUUAUUUGUUUCUAUGUUUUUAAAUGAGUUUUUAAAAACAUUGAAACUAUAUUUUACUUUUAAUUCUGCUUUUAUUUUAUCCAUUGUUUUAAUUGUUUUUUGAUUGUUUUCUAUCUUGUUGUUUUGUCUAGUUGUGUACAGCACUUUGUUCAGCUGUGGUUGUUUUAAAGUGCUUAACAAAUAAAGUUGAGUUGAGUUGAGUUGAGAACGGACAGACCAGGGAUAGGGGGAAUCAAACCGCCACCUUUCCAGUUGUUGGAUGACCGCUCGACCUCCUCAGCUACUUCUGCCCCAAAUGUUAUGUUAGGACCUUCUGUUAUCCUGUUAACGAAUAAAUCAGACGACUCACUUGAAAGUUACUAGGUUCAAACAUAACUUUUCUCUCACAAGCUUAUCUUAAACUGAUCUGUAAAAUGAUAUCUAUUUCCUGUAUGGCACCUUAACAAAGCCGUGUGUUGUAACUUACCCACACAAAUUUAUUGCUCAUCCACCUGGAGGUCUUUACAUGCGAAAGAAAGUUACUCUGAAGUUCAAACAGGCAGCUAAUCAAUCAGCUGUGAGUAAGCGACCCUCUGAUUGGUCCUCUGAGAGCAGUAGUGUUUAGCGCCUCUAAUCCUGAGCUUAUUUUAACUCCAGUUCAUCUAAGGACCCACCCAGGAGGACCAGAGCGCAACAUCUACGCUCCUUCACACUUUUACAAAGCUCUGUGCUAUGUUCAUGAGCUAAAGGAAAAAGGAGAAUAGAAAUGAGACAGAAACAAAAUGGAAAUAGGGAAGUAAACAGCUUUCUGACUGGAGCCACUGUUUCUCACCCACAGAAGCUGCUGGUCGGGGAUUUCCCUCAUGAGUUGGAGGUGGACGAGAUGGAGGAAGACGUCCCAAAGCGCAAGAACCGUACCAAAGCACGGGUGAGACAAUUGACUUCUCUACUGAAUUAACAAGCCAGCAAAUAAACAGUCUGGCUGUGAGAGAAGAAGAGGGUUAGUGGGGGAGCCAAAGUCUACAAACUGAGUCCAGAAAUCUCAAAGUGAAAAUCAGUGUUCUGGCUGUCAGGCGCAGAGCAGAAGGAGAUCUGAUUUUGACUGCACUUUGACACAACAGCUCAUAAAUUGUUCCCCAUGUUCAAGACCACGAGAGACACUGCAACAUUUGAGCAACCAUAAACAAGAUGCAGAACAAGAGUCCUGCAGUACCAAUGCAAAUAGACUUAAAAGAGAGCAAACAUUUUUACACGCACAUGAAGGAAUAUUAAUCUAAAUAUCCGAUUUGUUACUUUUUCAAACUCCAUGGUUUGGGUUUUUAAAAAUGUAAGUAAAUGUAAUUUUUGCAAAGUGACUCUUUGAAUUUGAAUCCCUAUGUGCUCGCUUCUUCAUUCUUCGUAAUAAUGUCAUCUGGCAAACCAACAGUUGUUCGUGCAAACAGAUCCAGAGUUCAAUCAUGCUGGGACUGCUGUUUUUUUUUCCUCUUUAACAACUUUGAUUAGAUCAGACAGGUUUUUCCCCCUCUUUUUUCUAGGCCAUCCUAUGUGAAGAUAAUCAAGUGUUAACAAUGUAUUCUGAAAAUCAACAGAUACACACAUACAUAUCCACACAUUAAUACACACACACACACACACUGAAAUAUAGACACCAGGGUUGCUAAUUGGAGCUGUUGCUCCCCUGCUAGGUGUCAUCAGCCCCCUCCUGCUGCAAGUGGAGCUUUACACUGAGAGCAGAUGAUUAGGAUGCAAACGUGCGUGUGUGUGUGUGUGUGUGUGUGUGUGUGUGUGUGUGUGUGUGUGUGUGCAGUCACUUGAACACACAAACAGAGUGUGUGUGCGCGUUCAAGACUGUUUUAACAAGAGUAAAAGCUCAAACUUUUUUGUGAGUCCCUUAAUGCAUGUCUCUUUGGGUUUGGUUUUUUCAUCCUCUCAGUUCUCACAAGUGUACACAUAUGUGUGUGUGUUUGUGUGUGUUUCUGCAGGCCUAUGGGGUCGGAGGGAUGAGGAAGAGACAAGAGCCGCCUGCCAUCGAAGACAGAGACAAGCCUUACGUCUGUGACAGUGAGCACAGAAACUUUGUGUCUUUAUUUGUGUUAUUUUCAGCAGUUUACAAAACUCAAUGAUCAGCAAGAGCCUGAACGAUCAUGGUUAGGAGGAGUCUGCUGCAAGUUCAGAAGUGAUGCACAUCUAUUAGCAUAUGCUAAAAGUCCUGAACAGUGGCAACAGUGGAAAUGUCUGCAGUAGAAAGCAUGUAUAAGGGUCCAAAAAGAUAAAACAACAGCAAACAAACAAGUCCAAAAAAAGAAAACCCCAGACAAGUCAUGGUAAAGACAGACGCUGCAAACCCAGACAUUGAGGACAGCAGCACUCUGAGCCUUUAGGGGAGCAAAGUGAGACAGUUUAUGAAAAGCAGUUUUUAAGACAGAGUAUUAGGACUUCCAUGUAGGAGAAAAAAACAAGAUUUUAAGAUAAGAUUGGUUAGAGGGAAAUAUAAUUUCCAAGAAAAGUUUUUUUUAGAGAGCAAUCUUAAAGACUUAAUUUAUUCUAGUUAACCUUUAAUCCACUGUAGUAACAUCUUUAUUUUCCUGAAAUUAGGAAUUUAUUUUCCCAGAUUCAUGACUUUGUACCUGUAAAUUUUUGCCUUUUCACUCUUACAACUUUAAUUUGCUUAAAUCACAACGUUUUCCCCCAGAAUUAUGCAGCAUAACCAUAAAACCAUGACAUUUCUCUAACAGGUUUAAUCUCCUUCAUUUUCAAGGAUAUUCUUAGGAUUUCCUGACUUUAGUUUGGUAAAAGUAGCACUUAAUCCUUGAGUAUUUACCACUCAAAUCUUGUAAAUUUGCUGUUUUAAUGAGUUUCCUGCUGAUAUGACUGAAGGUUUUGUAAAAUGUGCCUUAAUUUUUGUAAAUCUACGGCUUUAUUUCUAAAAUUAAAAUUUUAAAAAUUCCUUAAAAUAGCUCUGAUCCUCUGUCGUAGUUUUUCAAACAACACUAGAACAAAAGAUGGAAGCUCUUGCAUUGACUACUUCAAACUGAAAUAUAAUAGUACUUUCUCUCAAAGCUAAAAAAAAAAAAACACAAAUGAAGCUGCAGGCAAGGUCAAAGUUUAAUCAUUUAGUACUUUAUAAAAGGCCUAAGGGACAAAAGAUUUCAGUAUAAUUUUUUGUAAUUUGAAUACUGUACUGUCUGUAUUUUUUUAUUUUGUAUAAUUUAAAUCUUCUUUUCAGAACUGCAUUCCCCCUCUCAUAUCUGUUAUUUUCUGUUUGUCUAUUUGUUCAAGUAAAAAUAAAUCUAAAAUAUUUAAAAUGCCUCAAACGAACAAACGCCUAAUCAGAUCAAAUUGGUACCAGAUACUGAUCCAUACAGAUCCAAACUUUCUGAUCUUACUUUGCAUAAGAGGGAUAAAACCCCUGAUUUGUCAUGACUGAGCUUAAGGGCCGUGACAGAUAAAAAGUUAAUUGCAGAUCAUAACUUUUUAUUGUUAAAAUAUUUAACUACAGAAGAAUAAACUGCGGAUGUGGAGCGUGUUAGUAAAGUCAGUGAUGUAAAUGAGGAUGGGUUAUUGCCCUUAAUCUUUUCACUUCUCUAUUUCCCCAGAUCCAUCUGUUUCAUCACUUUAAUUCUGUUUAUUUGCAUCUAUUCUUGCUGACUUUAAGCUGCAUUUUGUUACUGCAUUGUUUGAACUUUUUUGACUUCUCUCUCCCGACUGUUGAAUGUUUAUUCAUAUUUCUGGAUUUUCCUGCUUUUUCUGUCAAAGCACUUUUUGACAUUCAUUUUUAAAGCUCCUUUGGGAAGUUUUUUUUAAAGUAAAAAUAGGGACUAAAAUCCAUAUUAAUGCCUUUUAAUUACGUACAGGCGCACAGAAGACCAUCAGCAACUAGACUAAUUAUAAUACUGUAAUUUUUUUAUAUUAAUAUUGUAAUGAUUAAAACACUCAAUAUAGUUAUUUUCACUGUAACUGUUAUUAUUAACUGGUCUAUUCAGAAUAUAGCUGCAAAUAAAAAAUGGGCUACAAUAAGGCAGAUUCUAUAUAUAUAUAUAUAUAUAUAGAUAGAUAGAUAGAUAGAUAGAUAGAUAGAUAGAUAGAUAGAUAGAUAGAUAGAUAGACAUAUGAAUUUGCAUUGGUUUUGAACUUGCAGCUCAUUCCUCCUAAUGAACCUCAUUUGGUCUGUAGAUCACUGUGCCCUGUUGGCUGCUGCUCAUUCUCAAGUUGCACAUCAAAGAUUGUUUUUUUUUUUUCUGUGUGUGUUUGAAUGUGUAUGUGUGUGUGUGUUGCAGUCUGUGGAAAGCGCUAUAAGAACCGCCCAGGGCUGAGUUACCAUUACACUCACACACACCUGGCAGAUGAGGAGGGAGAAGAAGACUCUGAGCGACACACACUACCCUUCCAGCGCAAGAACAACCACAAGCGUGAGUCUGCAGUUUGAAUAUUAAACUUUUCUUAGCAGUUCAGCCGUCCAUCAUCAUCCAUUAUUUACCUCAUGUGGAGGGACGGCUCUGCGGGCUGAUUCUGGGUCCUGAGGCACAGAGCGAACCUGAAGCAAGGGUCAUUUUUGAUCACAGUGAUUUCAUCAAUCCUUAAUCAUCAGCAGAAGUAUUGAUUGAGCUCCUCCUGCAGCGUCAUAGAUAGUAACAGUGCUGAUGAGGCUAAACCCAGAGAGUUCACCACUGUGGAUGAAGGAUAAGAUUUCUCCCAGUGGAGUGCUGGGUUUAGCAGAUUUCUCUGGCUGUCACUGAUUCCCUUUUCAGACUCAAUCAGUGACGCAAGUUAAAACUGGGAAUGGGUCACCAUGAAUCAUCCGAGUACCCGGGUUAAACAAGGGCUGAAUGUUGACUUUGGUGAACACGUCCAAAGUUUAAGAAAAGUGAGAAAACUUUUGAAAGUAAUGACUCGUGUUAAAAUGGAAGUGGACAAAUAUGCUCGCUUUGUGCAAAUCUAUCAUUACAGUUUUCAAUGCAACAAUCCAAAACAUAAACAAAUACUGUCCAGGAGAUUCUCCAGAAAAAUCUCAGAGGUUCUGCUGGCAUCAAAUCUAUGCUGAGAGCAACACAUGACCAAGUCAAGCCCAACCGGCAACAACAGAUGGACAUACUGACCUGACUGUAACAUGACAGAGCAAUACUAACAUAAAUGCACUGUCAUUCAUCCACACAUGAUGCAUGAUGUAAGAGAUGUUGUAUUGACGUGGCUCUCUCAAGGCUCUUGUCUUUGGAGGAGAAAAACUGUUUCAUAAGUUACUCACUAUCAUUUAAACCAGCUCUGAACUACUCUGGUGGAAAAGGGGUGUCAGAGUCCAGGAUCAGAGUCAGUUUGUCUACCCUUCUGUCUUAAACAGACUCACUGCUUUGCCUUCUAUGAUUAUUAUCAACAACAAUACGGCUGUGUGUAGACCCUCAUGAUCCAUCUGUUGGUACUGUCAUCAAACAUUAAAGGAAGCUAUCUCUCAUUAUCAAGUAUGAUCAAGUUACUUUUCUUCCUCAAAAAUCGGAUACUUUUUCUUCUUUUAAACCGCAUUGUGUAAUAAUUAGAGUCGCUUUGAUAUGUAAGUCUAUUUAAUCAUCAGAGUAUAAAAAAACAUUUUGUGAUUGUUGAAUGAGUUUUCUAUAGUUAUGUAAAAACACGUCCCGGGUCUGAAACUCCAUAGAGUCGCCCCCUGCUGGCCAUUAGAUAGAAUGCAGAUUAUGUCAUUUAAAGGUGGGGUUGGCAGGGUUUCGUUAAAGAAGCAUCUUUUUUUAUGGUGUAUAUACAAAAAAGCUUUUAAUAUCAGUCAAUAGCUAUUAGUUAUUGAUGACAUUUGGGAAUAUCACAAUAUCGCUGUGUUUUGUUAUGUCUGUGUAGUCAACAUUUUUAGAUUUUUAAGGGGCCCGCUCUUUCUGUCUGUAAACAAAGCCAUUUUCUGCCUCUCCCAACCUGAUUGGUUGUGGGGCAGAUGCUGCUCCCUCAUGUUGUGAGGCACACUCCACGUCCUCCAAUAACAUUCACUAGCCCAAACAAAGUUUUGCUGCUACAAUAUCAGACACUAGAAACCAACCAGAAAGUAUGGAAAAUUUUCUGAAUCCUCCUUUGGCCAUGACUGCCAACACAAGCAAGAAAACAAAGUAAAAUCUGGAGACUCUGUCGGGAUAAUGGACACUUAAAAAGGAGGUAGACCGGACAAGAGCGAAAAAGCCGGGUCAACAUCAAUGAAGCAUAAAUGAUUGGGCAUGCUUCGGGAUCUUACGGACCCUGUAACCUUUCUGCUGGACAGGUAAACCGCUUUAACAAAGUAAGCCAAGUGUCUGUAACAGAGAUUUUUUUGUCAAACAGGACCUGCUGCGUGUUGUAGCACUGCUAAACUGUUUACUUCGGGUCCUGGAGUAUGUCACUUUAUCUUAGUUUAAAAAGUCCUGCAAACAUUGUGUUUGCUGGUAUUUAUCUGCAUUAUAACUGGUUGGGAGGGGUAGAGUUUACAUUCAAGAUUUCUCCCAAAAACUGACACUUCCUCAGAUCCUGCCUACCCCACCUUUAAGUGCUGGCUUACCUGUCAAAUACAGUCCUGCUCUGAGUCUGUUAAAGGUUGCACUUGAUGCUUUUAUAUUUGCACAGCCACCCUGAAGCUGCUUGAGCCCAGAGGUUAUUUAAAGUUUUUAACUAUGAAGCAGUUAACCUUUUACUGUCCGGGCUCCUUUAGCCUGGGGUGAAAGUCACUCCUGCUCCUCUUAAAAGAAAAGGUCAAGCUGCAGAAGCAGCCGCUGACACUUACAACGAAAUGUUCAGAUGUUUGUAGGGUUUAUUUUUGACAUUGUCACACUCAGGACUGAUCCCACUGUUAAACUGGCAACGAUUGUUUCUGUCAUUCAUCACAUACUGUAUCUGACUUAAUGUAAACUUUGAACAGCUGCUGCAAAGACAUAUCAGCUCAAUGAAGGAACAGACAGCUUCCAAUCAGCUCUAAAUAACUGUCAGUGAUCAAACAUUAGGCACAUACACGCACAUUUAAUCCAGCACACCCCACAUUAAUAUUUCAUCUUUUUCUGAACGAACCUUUCAGUUUACAGUAAACAAUGUAAGUGUUGCCUCAAAAGACUGGAGGAGUUUCCAUUAAUGCUGUAGUCCUGAAUAUCAAGUUGUAGUGAACACCCAUAAAGCUGCCUGUAAUGUCUCCAGCACUUAUGGCCAGGCAGUCAAAGUGUAUAUUCAAGGUAGAAAUGAGAACAAUUAAUCGAGUAUCAGGUAAUUGAUUGCUGCACUUGAACAAUAGUACUGUAUUUUCUUUGAAUUAGAUUGGGUUUAGAAACAAAUGGUCUCUCAGUAUUGAUUCAUCAUGGUAAUGUUUUAAGUUUAAAGCAUGAAGGUGUCGCCCACAGUAGAGACACUAAGUGAAUGACUGCAGCUGUGCAUGUCUUCAUGAGCGAUGCAAAGGUUGAGAUCUUUUAAGGUCAUGCUCAGAAGUUUCUGGCUGGCAUGUCAGUAUCUUAGCAGCCCAGCAGCAUCAGCACCGUCUGAGUGUUUUCAUCAUGUGGAUGUGCCUAAUUUCUCAAUCAGGACAAGUAUUAAGAAAACUCAAGCUUUGCAGUUUUUAAUCAUGUCCGUUUCAACUCACCGUGUCCAUUUGAUUAUUAUUUUUGAGGUACGGUCAGUUUUCCCUUGAGAUUGGGGAGAUGUUUUACCAUCAGGGUAAUUGUACAUUCAGAUUAGCAUUGCCAAAAAAAUGCUCCAGACAGCUGAAUUUUUUUCAUUGUCUUACCAAAACCUUAAUCUUCUUCUUCUUGCUGUUACACUGGAACACGUCAGCGUUACAUUUUAAUUAUCUUUGCCUCGUGCUGUUUUUAUUUCACCAACUGGCCUUGAAUGCUUCAUCAUUAUGCAACCUUAAAACUGUCUGGAUCCUUGUCUAGACAAGAGACAAGUUGACAAAAUCCUCCGUACACCUGCACUGCACUUCUGGAAGUUUCCAGACCAUGUCCUGUUAAGGUAAAUCAAGCACCAACAUCAACUGCUGAAAAGUUCAAUACGAUGGAAGUGCAAAGAAAUGGUGGAAGAGCUGCUUUCCCUCAUGUGUCCACUAGUUGCUGGCUCCAAAAGUAUGGAAAUCCCCAUUCACACCCAUGUUAAAAGGCUAAUUUUCACAGCAAAAUUCUGCGUGCUUACAGCCUGAUUCAAAAAUAAUAGUGCUGUUCAUUUAUUGUGUCCUCCACAUUUUUAUUAGGGCAGAUUUUCUUAACUCAAUCACAAUUAAAUAAAUUAAGACAGAGUAAGCCUAAAUAUGAGGCACAGUGUAGCCACGUACUAGGAGGUCAAUGGUCCACCUGAGCUCCAUCUGGACUCCACCUCUGUCCACCUCUAAAAGUUGAAUUGAAGCAGUAUUUCCAAUAUGGCCGCUGCCUUCGUUUGGCUUCAAAAUGGCUCUUUUAGAAACCAGUGGGUGACUUGCUGAGACUAAGUCCAUGUUUUUUGCAGUUUGUGGAACAAACAUGCCCACUAUAAGAGUGCUGCUGGCACUGACAGCCCCCCCACUAUGUGGUUGAUGUGUGGACAGCAAUCCUGGAAAAUAUCAGGUCCUGAAUGUCCUGAAAUUAUUUUGAAAAUGUCAAGAGUUUAUGAGUGAAAGAAGCAAAAGGAUGAGGAUCAUUAUUUCACCCAGGAUUGUCUCUGUCAAUGUGAGCAGGCAGAUUUAAACCAAGUUAGUCUGCCCCCCUACUCUCUCAAACAUAGCAUCUAAAGCUUUGAUUAAUGUGUGCAGUCUGCCUUUGGACCUCUUCCUGUCCUCCUGUCUUCAUAUUCAACAGCCCUGUUCAAUAAUAGUGCUCCAACAAAUCAUCUAAUACCAACCACGUCCUGGCAUGUAAAGUAAAUGGAAUGCAGCCACGAAACUGUCAUUUUAACACCUGAUUCUUUUACAAGUUAUAAUCAGGAAUAAAGCCUUUUGUACAUCUUUUACAGGGACACUUAAUUUCUCAAAAAUUGGUUGGAACAUUAGCUCAUGAAAUGUUAUUCCCUGAGGGACUCUUGGCUUGUAUUUAACAAGAAUAACUGCAGAAAGUAAGCAUUAGUGUUAUUGAGUUUUGGCAGACGUCCUAAAGCUGUAAAGGGACACAGUGGGACACCGAGAGAGAUCCAGAUUUCAUUAAAGCCAAGGAGGACAAUAGUGAUCUAAUGUGCUGUAAAAUACCUGCUAAACACACAGUGGACUGUGCAAAAGCGACGUUAGUCUACCUUACCCCCGGUCCCAAGCACCCAUGAGUGCCAUCCCUCACACAUACACUCAUCGGUCUUGCACUAUGGUAGGAAAGUUUUUUCUUUUUAUGUCAUGUCUUUGUGAAGAGGUUUUGUUUACUACUCGGCUUUCUAUCAAGACAUCCAUGUUGUUCAAUUCUGGAGCAUUCCGCAGAACACUAAAGUCAGCUCCAGUUCAACUGAGCCAAUCCACGACCACAUUACUUAUGUAAAGGUUUAAACCCCUCCUCUGCAGCUGAAUAUAAUUGUGUCCAGUUUGGGCCUGUUCAGUCUGAAUGAGGCAUUUAAAUGGAGCAUUUUUACUUGUUUGGGCUCAAGUUGCUUGAAUUCAAUGUCAUAAUCUGGUGAAAUGCUAUUACCUGGUGAUCGGGCUUCACAACAUGCAGCCUGACCUCAGGAUUAGACGGAAAAAUGCAAGUGAACAAGCGAGUGAAGCAAAUCUUCAGGUUUCUUCAGCCAAGUUAAAAAUCAAAUGUAAACCACACCAACCAAAAUAUGUCAUUUUUGCUUCUUUGGGUCUGUUUAUUCUUUCUCCCCAGAGGCCAAAUGUCUUUCAGUGAGAGUUUUUUAAGUGUUAUCUGCUGUCUGCAUGUUUAGUUUGUCUCUGAACACUUUUCUGAGGACAGUAGGACGUGUUUAUCCUGCAGGAGGCUGAGUUUUGGUUACUAAUCAGCAGUUACAUGCUUAUAGUUGUUCACACUCAACAACAAAUAAGAGAAAAAUGAGAGAGAGAGCUGUGGACAUUUGAAAAGGGAGUGUAGUCGAAUCAUCCACUGUCUUUGUUCCCCGCGGUCUUAAAACAAGCAAUUUGCAGAGAAUAGAAGGCAGAUAAACACACCAAAAACACACACACACACACACAUCUCUGCAUUAUCAGUGUAUGCUGCACUACAACAAUGUCCACACUGACACUGUGCUGCUCUCAGUUAAUUGGCACUGUGUGUUUUUAAAUUGGCCCGUCUGACAGAACAGACCGGCCCUUUGUGUGUGUGCGUGUGUGUGUGUGUGUGUGUGUGUGUGUGUGUGUGUGUGUGUGUGUGUGUGUGUGUGUGUGUGUCUGUGUGUGGCCAUGCUGCAGUCUUAGGUCCUUCCGAUCGAGGAGAGCAAGAGAGACAGCAUUUGAAUCGUUUAAUAUCCCCCAUCACUCCCUCCCAAACAGUCAGUAAUCACACGCACACCCACACACACACACACAGUCACACACAGUCACACAAAUGCACAGUCGCACACACAUGCACACAACCUCAGAAAAAAUGCAAUCUUCUCUGCUGAAAUGAAAAAGGGAGCUUAGCCUUUUGGGUGUGUGUGUGUGUGUGUGUGUGUGUGUGUGUGUGUGUGUGUGUGUGUGUGUGUGUCCACAUGCAUUUGAAGCCUCUGUGAGUGUGUUCACAUUUGUGUGCAUGCAUUAGAGUGUGUGUGUGCUCCAUUAUAGUUUUCCCCCAAUUUGCUGAGUGUCAUGGAGGAGCCUCCACCAGCCUCCACCCUUCGCUAUAUUGCCACAUAUGUAAUAAUAUUAAUACAGCUCCUCUGGAUGAGAGCAGCCCUGCAUGCAUAAUUAAUGUUGGGUUCUGGCUCAAAAAAGCCGUCUAGACACUAUGGUAUAUAAGCUGCAUCCACAACACAAAACUUACCACAAAAACUAUAAAACAGUUGUUUUUUUUUAACCUCUUAGCUCCACUUUUUCAUCCCUGUUUUCCCAUCAGUGUGAUAAAUGAGCGAUUAUCCCACAAGGAGAUGAGAUUUUCUUUCUCUUUCCUUCACGUCCUCCAUCUUUCACCUCUUUCCUCUCCUCUGCUCGCUCUGCAUCCUCACUUAACCCUCGUCUCCUCUUCCAUCUCAUUCUGCCUUUCUCUUUUUUUCCCUCUUCUCUCUUGUUUGUGCUUCAUCCAUCAUCCAGCUUUGAGUUUCCUUCAAUUUAUUUCUCUGUUUUGUGUCCACACUCCCCCCUCCUCUCCCCAAACAUCACCACCAGAAUCAACUUCUUCUACAGCCCCAGUUCUAAGAGAGUUUGGUUAAAGCGGGAAAUGUUCAUCGAAACACAAUUAAAUCAUUUAUGACUCACCUAAAGCCUCUAAAUGUCAUCUUUUAAUGAAGUGUUUACAGGGUCAUGUUUCCCAUUGUGUCUCAUCAGCUCUUUCUUUCCCAACACUGUAAAUGUUAGUGAACCAAGCAGACCAGUUUCUGCAGUUCAUAAAGUGAAAUUUUGUCCCAUUGUUACCUGAUAAAGGAUUUAAGCUGCUCAACAUUUCCGGGUCUCCUUUGUUGUAAUUGUCAUGUGUUGUGCAGCACGUUUUCAAUGGAGUCAGGACUGCAGUCAGGCCAGUUUCUCAGCAGGACUCUUCUACUACAGAGCCAUGCUGUUGUCAGAGUGUGGUUUGUCAGUGUCUUGCUGAAAUAUGAAGGUCUUCACUGAAAAAGUCUUUGUCUGUAUGUCAGCAAAUGUUGCUCCUAAACCUGUAGAUAUUGUUCAGGAUUAAUGAGGGUUCACAGAUGUGGAAAAUGGACUCUGAUGAUCCCAAUACUGACAGGGAUACUGGCUUUGAACUGGUUGUUGAUAACAAGGCGGAUGGUUUCUAUUUAAAGUAGAUGAUGCAUCAUCCCUGAUUUCCAAAAAGAGUGUCAGAUUCUCAUUCAGAUUCUGGAUCCUGUCUCUAUCUGGUUUCCUUUUUGGAUGGUCCAGUUUUAACCCCAUUGGUGGAUGCAGUGAUGAACUGUGUUUACAGUCAAUAGUUUUGUAAGUGAUUUUGCACUUCUGCAGUGAUUUCCACUCCAGAGUUCUGUCUGUUUUUAAUGCAGUGCUGCCUGAGAGCCUGAAGAGCAGGACCAUCCAGCCUUGGUUUUAGUCCUUGUCCCUUUAGUACAGAGAUUUCUCCAGAUUAUCUGUGUCCUUUAAUGAUCUUUUGUUUUGUAGAUGAUGAAAUCCACUCAUUCUUUCACAUUAGACACUCAGGAACAUUAUUCUGAAACUGGUGAACUAUCAGCUCACUCAGUCGCUCACAGGGUGGUGAAUCUCCUCCCAUCAGACUCAUCCUCUCUAAACGUCCUUUAUAUUCUCAGUCAUGUUACUAACCUGUUGGAAAUUCACCUCAUAACCUUUUAGAAACUGAAACUUUUUUUGCUGAAAUCACAUUUUAAAUGAGCAUAAAUAUUUCAUAAAAUAACAUUAUAGAUACAGAUAUAAUUGUAUUUGUAUUUAUACUCGUAUAUGUGAAUCUUAGCUGCUAUAUUAUUUAUUUAAAACGAGCUGCAUCAUUAAAAUUCAUGAUAGGACCCUGCAUAUGUGUGUUUUUCUUUGGUUUUCUUUACUCCCUCCAAACAGAAGAUUGAAGAGAGAAGGGAGGAGGAAGAGAGAGAGAGAGAGAGUUGGAUGUUAGGUGGUGAACAGGGUUAUUUUGGCAUUGAUGUGAUGGAAAGAAGAAGAAGGAGAAGGAGAAGAAGAGGAGGAGGCUGAGGAGAAGUGGAUGAAUAAGGGGGAUGUUUACUUUAGAGGUCGACCCUGCAGCGUCCACCUGAAAAUUGGUUUUGCUGGCGUGGAGAGAGAGUGAGGGAGAGAGAGGGAGGUAAAUGAGAAAGAAGGAGGGAAAGAGUGAAAUAGUGAAAAAGCAGGAAUAAGUUAAAUAGAUUGGAAAAGGGACACAAACGGAGAGGACCAGCAGCUGUGAAUGAACGAGAGAAACAAGAGAAAGAGAGGAAAAGAGGGAGAGAGGGAGGAGGGGGGAGGAUAGUUGUCAUUAAAUCCCCCCUCUCAAAUCAGAGCUGAGAUUCAGAGGCCACUUUAUCUGGCCAGACAGACGGUCCUACGGUGUGCAGCAGCAGGGACGCUCUGAGUGUGUGCGUCUGCAUGUGUGUGUUUAAAAAUUCACUCAGUGUGCACACACACAUGUGCGUUGACUCUGGUGUGUAUGUCAGUUAGUGCUCCUGUACAGGAAAUCAUGCCUCACUUUGAGUAAGUGUGUGUGUGUGUGUGUGUGUGUGUGUGUGUAUGUGUGACGUGUAAUUGAGCCCUUUGAAGGUCAGCGUCCUCUCUUCCUGCUUACCAUUGUUGCUGUUUUUUUUUUUUUUUUACCCCCUCUCCAUUUUUUUUUACAUUGUGCCUCAAAAUGGCCUCCCUGUCCUCCUCCUCCUGUUGUCUGCAGACAGACGAGUGAAGGACGAAUUUUGAUCAACCAGCGUCAAUAUAUAACAGCGACGAGCGCCUAAAAUGGCCACUCCCUACCCUGUUUCUGUUGUCACUCUGUAUACGUGUGCACACGGCUUCUCUUUCUCUCUGCAUAUAUCUGUGAGCUGCGAUUCUUCUGUUUAUCACUCCAGCCAUUAAAUUUCCAUUUCUGGUCAGGCGGAUACAGAUGUGUUUCUCUGCUGGGAUUAGUCUUUGUCACUUCACUGGGUCUUGUAAGCUGUUAAGUCUCUGCAUCUAAUGCUGUUUGCCACCAAAACUUUACAAACCAGCAAAAUCUGAGGAGACAGAGGAGUUCUGCCUUUUAAUGCCUACUGCAAGAAACUGUCAAAUUUUAGUCUACAUCAUCCAGAAAGAGCAGCACAGUAUUUGUGAUUACUUUCAUCUCUGCCAUCUUUACUCUCAAAGGCUCUUCUUCAAGUAUAGACCAUAGACUGUAUAUACAAUGGACAACUUGGUACUGCCUUCUGUCAUUAUACAAAUUUGAAGCUGAAUUGCUCUUUGUAUUUUCUGGAUUUUCUCCACAUCCUGGAACCACCACUUGCACAGCAGCAUUGUACGCAUUUGGUGGGAGAGUUGCUGACAGUCGCUGUGAUGACGCUCUGCUUAAACAGCGUAUCCUAUGGGUGAGCUAGGCAAUCUUUGUACGCCCAUAGGCUGUAUCAAGUGUCUAUCGUAGAAGAAAUGAACCCCCAAAUAAUUUUUAAAAAUGGAGCUGUACAGAAAAAGAGGACUUGAACACAAACCAGUAUUACAGUAACUACAUGUAAACAUCGUAACGGGGGUGUUCUGUGUAAUAAAUUUCUAAGGUUUGUCCGCAGCUCUAUAGAGAUUGAUGGAGGAGGCAGGAUUUAUGACCUAUACUGCAGCCCGUCACCAGGGGAUGCUGUUCUCGUGGUGAAACAACAGCAUAGUCCUCAUAAACAUCACUCUUUAAAGCUAUUUGAGACUAAAAUGCAGGGUGCAUUUUCUUGUCUCAGUCCAUUCCUGGCAGAAGGUGAGACAAUACAAGAGCUUUAUUUAUUUAUUUAUUUAUUAUUUAUUUUAUUCAUUCGAUUCAUUCAUUUAUUCAUUAAAACAGCAAACAGUGGAAAAACGUCAUAAAGAUGAAUAUAUUUAACUGUGCUUGCAAUUUUAGCCACAGUCAUGCAUCCCUACUAUCGCAACCAACUGAGCUUAUUACAACCACGAGAACAGAAAGAUAUUGUAUCAUGUGAUUAAAAUCAUUAAAUUUCCCCUCAGGGAUCAAUAAAGCUCUUCUUCUUCUUCCUUCUUCUUCUUCUUCUUCUGGUUCUUCUUCGUCGUCUUCUUCUAUUUGGGGCAAUGUACUGUAGCAUGUAAAUCUCAUCUUAAUUAAUGAAUGUGCAUUAUACUUUCAUCCAAAAUACAAUUAAAAACACCUAAAAGAGGAACACAAAUGUGCCACACUUAUACGCAGAAGGUGCUGCAAACCAGUCAUAACCAUGGGCUGCAUGAAAGACGUACGCUGUCUCAGAUCAUCUCCUGUUGGCUGUUACCAUCCAAAAGGUCUAUUGUUUGCAUGCUGAGUGAGAAAACAUCCUUUGAUGAUUUCAGAUGUUUCAGACUUAUGCAGUAUGCUCACAUUGUUCUAGCUAAACAUUUGGGGUACAUACUAUAUUUCAAAGCCCAAGUGUGCGCAGAAGUGUAAUGAUGUAGAAAUGAGCUGAUGUACAUCUUCACUGUAACAUGGAAAGCACCAGUUUGAUGGUUUUGUUUGUUUUCUUCAUACUUUUAUAAACAGGUUUCUCCUCCUUUUCGUUUUUUUUUUCCCCUUAUUGAGGCGGCUCAUGUGGACGGAGGGAGCAUGCAGAGCUUUCUGGAUGUCUUCUGAACUUUUCACGUACGGCGGCGUUCCUCCUCUGCUUUCGAUUGGUUGAUCGGUCGCCCCUGCUGCUGCACGGCGCAGGAAGGGAAAGGAAAGGAAGGGAGAAUUGGCUGUUGCCUAGCAAUCAGGUUGCCAUAGAUACCGCCAGGGCUCCCUCCUAAAGAGUACACUGUUAUGUACAUUGAAAAGAGAGAGAGAAAGAAAGAGAGAAGGUUGGGUGGAGGAGGAGGAGAGGGAUGGGAGGAAGAGAGAAGGAGAGGAAGAAAGGAAGUUUGAGUAAAGGAGUGUAGAGGAGGAGAGGACGGGGCACGGAGGAGUUCAUUAAGAUUAAAAUAAAGAAUGAAAGGAGAGAGAGAAAACAAAGAGAGGCAGAGCAAGAAGCAGAGAGUAAAAAUAAAAAAAAAGAAAAAAGCCUCUUCAUGAUUCAUCAUAUAGAUUCCCCAGGACAGUUGGAGCGGUGAAGGCUGGGUAAUAUCGGAGUCUGCCUCAUUUGCUAUUCUGUCUCAACAUGCUGUUCUGUGGCUCGCCGGCUGCCUGUUCUGUGGUUCCUCAGUUGUCUUGGCUAUGUUUGGAUAAGCCUUCCACACCACCACAACCCCCCCAACCAGCAAAACCACCCACCACCACCUCACCCCCAUCCUCAUCCCAAAUCCACCCUCACCCACCAUCCAUCUCUAUCUGUCUGCCUCACUCUCACUGUAAGAGACAGCUCGCAGAGGUGGAAAUAAGACGCAGAAAUGCAACAGUUUCUCAACAGCUUUUUACAGUCCUGGUUUGUUUUGACUAAUAUGCUAAUUGGUAGUUAGCACAAACAGCGAUAGCCACCAUCAGUCAACACACAAAGAAAUCUGCACCAUCUACGCACACUUCAACUCACAUUUCAGCACAACAACCCAGACUGGAUGCGGAUUUCUGUUUUUCUUUCGAAUAGGUCCGUACAAACCUCAUUUUUCCCACCCUGCCUGGUCAGUUCUGACAUUUCCAUGUUUGAGUGCAUGGCCGACACACUUUAGAGUGGACCAUGUGAGGUUGGGCAGGAUUCAAACAGGAUUUCACAGUAACAUUCCCAACCGGCACUCUCCCUGGAACAAAAUAGGAUUAAUAAUUUGCAUUUUAACUCUUUAUUGACAGGGAAACAAGCUGUUCUAGUAAAGUGGCUCUUUUUGAGCUUGUGCAAAUAUCAGGAGAUGUGGACCGAGUGUAAGCACAGUGUGUGCUUGUGUGUGUGUCUAUGUGUGAUUUCUUUUCAUGCAUGAUUUAUGCAUGGAGUAGAGCACUGUGUGUGUGUGUGUCUGUUUGAUAAGAUGUGCACAUCUGCAGACUGCAGAGCCUAACAGACUGUGUGUGUGUGUGUGUGUGUGUGUGUGUGUGUGUGUGUGUGUGUGUGUGUGUGUGUGUGUGUGUGUGUGUGUACGUGUGUGUGUGUGCAUCUCUUUUUCUGCAGGUCAGAGUGAUUACAAAGCAUCCAUAGAUCAAGUUUUAUUAUGCACCAAACUGCCUCUGUCCUCUUCACUUUGCAAUGUCAUCUCUGCGCACAUUGCACGCACACACUCACAAAUACAUGCAUCCAGACCCACAAUGCAUUGGGAGUUACGCAACCUGCUGACUGGACAUGAGUGGAAGUAUUAGUUAUGUGUGUGUGUAGGGAUGAGGGGUGGGGUGGGUUCAGAGGCUGCAGGGACAGAAAAGAAGCAGAAAUGGGGAAAAAUGGAGGAGUAACAUAGCAUGGCAGUGGUGCAGGCAUUAGUGUGACAACAGAUGGAUUGCAGGAAAGAGUUCCAAUUUCCUCUUUGAGAGUAAAGCAGGAGGAAGAGAAAAAAUAGAUAGGGAGACCAAAUAAGGGAAAGGGAAGUGAGAAAAUGAAGCACAAUGAAGCGCAGAGAAGAGAUCGAAUCAGAGGCAGAGAGAGCAGAGGCAAUAAUGAGAACGCAUGAAAGUGCAGAGAGGAAGAGGGAGGAAGAGGAUGGUGGGGAAAGAGAGUGAGAGGAUGAAGAUAGGGGGAGAAAGGACGCCAGUGACUUUUCAUCUGUGACUGUCGCUUUCCAUCUGACUGCGUCUCUGCCUCCUUGUCUGCAUAAAAAACCCUGAAGAUGUCUCCUUGAGCGUUUUGGUGUUUGUAUCUGUGUGCAGGAACAUGUAUGUGCUUCUCGGGUUUAUUUGAUCAUCCUCUGGUUUCUUGUUGAAAUACAUGACUUUAAUCACGCGUGUGCACAAUGGUGUGUGUGUGGUGUUGGUGUGUGUGUGUGUGAAUGAGGGUUACAGGGACUCUCAUUCAUCAUAUUAAAGAGAGAAAGAGGGGGAUGGGGCUGAAACUGGACAGCAAAAGUUAUUAUGCAAAGGCUGGGUUGUAAAUCUGUAAGUGUGUGUUUGCAUGCACUCUGCUGUGUGUGUGCGUGCUCUCAUUGUGUUUGUGUGUGCAUGCUGCUCCUGAGAGGCUCUCCUCAUUAAGCAGCGAGGCGACAGGAGUGCAGAGUGUGUGUUUUCACACACCGCUGCUCCGAUACAACGGCAGCUACUUUUUUUGCCACCUUUCCUUUCUCUCCCAUUUGUGCUUCCUAUUCUUCCUCCUUCUCUUCAUCUCUCCUCCUUCUUUGCCUAUUGCCUCAACCGUCCUUGAAAUCCUUCCUUGUUUCCUCAGUAUUCAAUUCCUUCUCCACCUCUCCCCUCCUGUCAACAACCGCAGUACUUGAUAUUAACAGUAGGACAACUGUUUCUAAUAAUUCCCAUCAAAACAUUGGCCUCAAACUAUUUUGUACUUUUGUGAGGAUGGUUUCCUUGGCAACUUGUGUGUUUUCUUAAUGGCUUAGCAUACCUGUACCUUCAUCUGUACAAUGAGAAAUAAAUCAAUGAGAAACAACCUCAGUCAGUCGAAGAAAACUUCAUAUAGAAAGAUAAAAAAGAGGGAGAAAGAUGGACAUUUUAAGAGUGGGAAAUCAACAGGUAGGGCCUUUCUGUGUGUGUGUGUGUGUGUGUGUGUGUGUGUGUGUGUGUGUGUGUGUGUGUGGGUUAUUCCCUUCAGAUAGAAACAAAGUUGAUGAGGCCCUCGCUGCAGGGACGAGCCAGAGGACGGGAUAAUCGACCGGCCAGAGUCAUGUUCAUGUAUUGAUUCCAGGCUCAGAGUCUAGAUUUUGAGAGAGUAAGAGAAGGAGGUGCCGGAGAGGAAGACAAAAGGAGAGGAAGAGGGGGCAAAAAGAGGGGAAAUGCCAGGAUGAACAGGUCCAACAAUAUGAAUUUUAACAUCACACUGUUUCAAAAGUGAUCAAGGCUGCGUUUCCACUAAGUGUUUCGGUUCAAACACAGUGAUGUGUUGGGAAAAGUACAGAAAUAACGGUCCAGUUUUUGGUAUCCUCGUGUUUAAGGACAAUGCUCACAUAUCUGACUCUAAAGGGUGAAGCUACGCAUAAUUAAUCAAGAGAGAGAGUGAGAGAGUGAGGGGGGAGGAGAGAUCUACUGGACUUCAUCUCUGCUUACUUGAUGUUAUUUGAUCAGUAAUCUUGAGCACUGAGGUGAUUGAUGAUGACUCAGUGUUUUCACUGUUUUUUGCAUCCAGGUCUGAGGGUUGGUCUCAUCAGCAGUCAGGAUUUAGUAACAUUCGCAAACGGAAGUUAGUUCAUCAUCCAGGCACCAUGUGCUCAGGCAAACUACACAAUGAAGUUUAUAUGAGUUUGGGUUUUAAAGCUAUAGUGUGUAACUUCUAUUUCUGUGUUAUUACAAUGACAAGGCCGGCACCUUAAUAUAAUGUAUGGCCUAGUGUAACCUGUACACAGAGUAACACUUGCAACUCACCGCAUACUGCUCAUCACAGUACACGGACUGUAAGUGUCUACACAAUGUGUAGGCUGCUAAAGUCACUUGUCACAGCACACAGACUCACAGACCAGGCAACGCUGGUGUCGGACCUCAGUCCAAUCUCCCCCUUCAGGGCUCUCCAUCAGAGAAUAGUAACGCUGAUAUAAAUCCAAGUUAGACUUCUCCAUUUGUCGCUCUUUCUUCACCAACAGACAGGGAAGGCCUUUUCUUUUUAGUAGGAUCCACAUCUGAACCUCUUGGUUGCUUCUUCGGGUUUCCGCCAUGUUGCUUCUAGCUGCGCUCUUCUCCUACCUCCCUUCUCGUUGUCAGGUAAAACCGAGUAGGACGCGUCAUUUUCUGUGCGCCAGCACAGGGAUGUUGCCCCUGCGACAAAAAGAACAAAUACUGAGAAAUACUGCAAGGUGUUAGAGGAGCCAAACGGCUUAAUCAGCUUUUUAUCAUCUUCUCUUGUAGUGGCCUGGGUGAAACAGAUAUUUACAGACACGUAGAAGUUACGCGCUAUAGCUUUAAACAACACAGUCACCAAGCUUAGACUCACAUCUUAAAGCUGUGUAUCACUUCUCUAACAUUUUCUCCUGUCUCACAAAAAUACUCUCCACUCAUGUCCGUAGAAGCACUUCAGGGGGACAGCACAUUUACAGCAUGUUUUCCACUGGCUGGUCAAAACCUGCAUUUAUCCAAGUUUUGUAUUUGGUGAUGUAUUUCAGCUCAUCAUUAUUUCAUCUUAGAAAAACGGUCAUUGACAAUCACUAUAGUCAUAUUUUUCCUUAAGUAAAUGAACACGUCUUAGAUGGAUGUUAUCCAAAUACAGUCCUGGGGAUGGGUGUAAGUUAUCACCUUAAAUGCUACGUACAUGGCUAAGAGAGAAAAUUAUGCCCUGUCAACAGGGGGCGCCGAAGUCGACACAGAAUGACAGACCAUGACAGAAGCUGAAGUUAACCUAAGAGUUUCAAGCUUUCAAGAGCAAAAUACGUCUCAUUUCAAACAUUUUCCAAGAAAGUGGGAGGAUGAAAUAUGUGGAUAUAUGGGCUGAGAAAUUUCCUCUCGUAAUUAAAGCAAAUAAAACAGAAAAAGGUUGUUUGAAAAAUGCUCAGCCAUGAAGAUAAAGAGAGUCUUUGGAAGUACAAAGUCUUCAAAACCAUGAAACAGCUCUGCGAUGGAGAAACAUAUUUGAUUUCUUUUUACUUUUACCAGCAAAAAAGAGUAAAAACUGACGACUACAUGUGGAAAACAUGAAGACGAAUGUUUCAAAUGCAUGUUGUUUGUGUCAUAACUUUGACCUGCGAAUCUUUGAAUUUUAGUCAUGUCUCCUUCAAGAACUGCCCAAAGAAUUUGUGAAUAAUGCAAAGACAGAAAUGCAAAAAAUAUGAAAAUGCAGAAUAAUUGUGCAAAAACCCGUGCAACGGAGGAUUUCAGUUAGUUACAAAAUAACGACACAAGGUAAAGAAGGAGCAGCAUGGAGGAGGAGAGGAGACAAAAUGAAGCAAAGGGAGGGGCAAAUUAAAGCAGAGAGAGAGGAAGUAUGGGGAAGGGUAGGUGUUGGUGGGUGAGGGGGGUGAGGAGCAUUUGAGGAUUCAUCUCUUGCUGGAUAAUUCCCAGGAGGAUCUCUCUCCCACACUUGAAAGCUGUGAAGUGUGCGGUUCUGCUCGUACUCCUCCUGGUAAUUGGAAGAGGAGAGGAGAGGAGGGGGGAUGGGGGGGUAGGCAGGUAGAGGAGGGAGAGAUGGAGACGGGGGAGACAGGAGGAAGAGGAGAAGGUGGCUGAAGCAGGUAAAAAAUUGGAGGAAGAGGCUGAGAGGUUAAACUAACGAGGAGCUGAGGAGGGAGCGAAUGAUCCACCUGACUCCAGCCUCUCUUUCUUCACUGUUUUUUUUUCCUUUUAGGCGUAUAUGUCCUUUAUUUUUGCUCAUUAGCUCACUCCUCUGUAUUCUCUCUCUCUUUUUCACUGUCCUCACACCUCCCUCACUCCUUCCCUCCUUCCCUCCCUCCCUCCUUUCCUCCCUCCCUUUCACUGGCAAUGGCGUGUCUGUAGUUGCAGGCGGCUUCUGAAACAUGGCCGCAGGCGUUUAAUCAUUGAUGGAGUCACUCCGUGCAGGCAGGCCAGCGGGCAGCCCCGGCUCGCUCACAUGCGUCAGGACCUGCUGAUUCACUCUCUGGGGCCUCUGAUCACGCACACACCAACACACACACAUGCAGACACACAGCAGCAAACAGGGAUGUGUACACACACACACAUGUGGCGGUAUAGCUCACAGACAUAGAUAGAUACAGCCUGAAUGUGUGUGCGCUCAGCCACAUGUGUGUCUGUCUCGUUUCUCCCACCAGAGACCGCAAGGCCCAAUCAGCAGCAGUGAGCUCAAAUAAAAGCAGAAAGAUAAAAGCAAUUUAUUUGACCAGAAGAAGAAGAGAAAAACGUGUUUGCGUUGGCUCCAGGCCUGCGAGCAACGCGUGUCCCUACAGAUUUAUACGUUCUCGGUAAACAUCUGUCUGUGUUGUUCUUUACAAAGUAAAUACACUUAGUGUAUAUACUGUAUGCUCUUCCCUUAUCACUCUGUGCUUUCUUUCUGCGCUGUGGGCUGGCCUCUUUAUACAGAAGUUCCUCCAGUUUACUCAUGAGCUGCAGCGUCUGUCUAAAGCCAUGAAGCAGUGAGCUACAGAAAUUUCAACUACUGUGUGAAUACUACUAACAAUAACUUGGUCCUUUUAAAACUGGAGACACAAGGUGCUAUUAUAUUAAAAUUCAUGCAGAUAAAAAAAACAGUUUAAACAAAAACAAAUGAAUAAAAGAGCCUAGCAAAUAAGACAGGGUCCUAUGAUACAAGGGGGUCUUCAGUGUAGAGACAAACUCUGCUGAUCAGAGGUCUUCUGACAGAGAGCUUCAGAGAUGACCAGAAAACUCCUCAAGGAGCGAUCUGGUGUGUAAAGUGAAAAGAUCCCAAACGUAGGGUGAUACCUGACCAUGCAGGGCUCUAAAAACAAGCAGUCAAAUCUCAAAAUCCCUCCUUCAACUGGCUGGUAACCCGUGGAGAUCAGCAAGAAGAGGAAAAGACUGUGUUGACAAAAACGAGCCUGCAAGACUUUACAGAUUAUAACAGUUUCUAUGGCAGCUGUGUGGUACGACUCUCAAGGCGAUUUCACUCCUCUGGUCUGAAUCAUCGACCCGUUUGUUGCAUUGUUUAUAAUGACCUCAAGUUUGGUCUCUUAUUAGUUGGUAUUCUUGACGUUUAUGAAUACAUAGUAAACGGGUAUGACACUCUAUCCACAUUAUUUUACAAAAAAAUCCCCAAACAACAAUUGCAGCUGGAGAUGUGCACUGUACAAAUAAUUGUGUCACUUCGUACAUGGCUAUUACUAAUAGCAUCUUACUGAACUUAGGCAGCUCCACUCUAAAAACACUCUCAAACCUCUAAAACCAAACAGGGCUACAUGAAAAUGGCUUGCAUGUGGACCACAGAGUUUUUUUUACAGGAACAAGAAGAUGCUACAGCCCAGUUUAAGAGCAUCAGUCUCAAAAGUGGGUGACAGAGUCACAAAUUGAACAGAUCGACAGAUGGAGAUUAAAAAAGCCUAAAUACUGCUGUCACGACUAUCACUAUGUAUAUGAACUUUAAUAUUACGGAGAUUCAUUGAUAAGACUAACCUCACUCAUGUUCUGCUUCUUUUUAAUAAAGGCAGAAAAAAACAGUACCAGGUGAUAUCUCCAUAACCCUCAUCAGCACACAGACUUGAUGAUGUGCAGCAUCUUCUUUUAAUGAAGAAACCCUCAUCACUGCAAAAGGCUGACUCCAGCAGGACCUCUCAGUGUUAUUAUUGUCGGCACGAGCGAUUAUUAAGAACAACAAAGAAGGAAAAGUACAAAAAAAUAUGAUUUUUUAGCUGCAGGACAAAAUUUCCUCCAUGCAAUUAUACAUUCUGAUCGUAUAUCUUGUCAUUUUACAGAUAGUAAUGAGUUUUUUAAGUACAUUGUUUUGGUGAUGCCAAAGAUGGCUGUUAUUGUGGCUAAGUUAUUUCUGCAGCAGAUUUUUUGUUGCUGCAGAAUCCAGCAGUAAAGUCGUGCAGCCUCUUCCUCUCAGUAUAUGGCAGUCUCUUUCUUUUUUAUGGAUGAUGCUCAGUGCACUCCUGUUGAAUUCUGCAGGAGCAGGUACAGCUUAUCAUUUCCCUUCCUCCCUCCCUCCCCUGUUCUCUGUCUGUCUGUCUGUCUGUCUGUCUGUCUGAUUGUCUGUCUGUCUGUCUCACAUCCUGAUCAGAGAGUUUUUUUAUUAUUUUAUUUCUCUGCGGAUUAAAGCCAGACCCUGUGGAGUAGAAACCCAAUCUCUAUCACUCCUCCUUCUCUUCUCACCCUUUCCCCCCCCAUCAAAUUCACCCCUUUACUCUUCCCCCCACGCCCUUCCCCUUCCAACCAAACCAGUCUCCACCCUGAAAUGGAUGGAUUAAUGACCUCUCCUGUCUCUCGCAUGCAGCAUCACCUACAGCGCUGUCUGUCUGUCUGCAUGCCUCCGUACGUGUGCGUGUGUGUGUGUCGUUAUCUUUUGUCUUUCUGCUGGAUGAUUGGCAUUCUGUGCGUGUCUGUGUGUGAGUGUGUACCUAUGCAAUCCACUCUGUUGUAAUCACUGAUGCUCUGUCCUGCAUGGUGAGUCAUAGUGGAGGACCCGUCCAGAGCUGUGCAUCUUAGAGAAGAGAGAAAACAUACCAAACAGUCUGCAGUGCUUAUGUGAUUGCUUCCAUUAAAGUGAUUAUGCAAUCAGCAGCAGAGAGUCAUGCAGGCAGACAGGCAGGCAGAGCUACACAGACAGACAGACAGACAGACAUGCAAGAAGGGGGGGUAGAUGUAAAACACACACAAACACGCACACACACAUAUGCACACACAGCGCUCGGGCAGGCAGGGGGAAUCUCUCUCUUGUUAAUAAUCAUUAUGAAACGGCUUCACGUGGAGCGCUUGCCUCUCCGCGCUCAGCGUGACGGCAGGUCUGUCCUGGCAACCUCCCCAGGCAAACACACACCUACUCAUCACUCUCCCCUCUUUCUUCACUUCCCCCUCUCCUUCCACCUCCUCUUCUUCUGACAAUAUUUAUCUCUCUCUGUGCCUCCUCGUAUCCUCCCUCCUGCACUCUACCCUGGUUUUUAGGAAGGCAAACAAAUGGAAACGAACCAAAGAGAUGCGGAGCGCCAAGUCCAGCAGGGAUGGUGUGCAGGGAUUCAGUUUCUCUUUCUUCUCACUAGUUUCACCUCCAAUCGCUCUGUUUUUGCCCAAACUCUGUCAGUCACAAUUUGCACUACCAAAACAAAGCUCCAUCAUCUUUGCAUCUUUGUGCUUUUACUCAGAACCUAGUAAUGGCGUUGUGUGGUUUUGCAGAGGCAAAAUAGUUCUGGCUUUACAUACAUGCACUAAAGCUUCUUAAACACAUGAACCCUGGACUUUACCUUCAAACUUUCAGGGGAAUUGUGUAGCUCCACUACUAAUAAGCUGUAUUCAAAUCAGUGUUCAAAUCUCUGAAGUAUUUACCAGAUAAGAUAAGAUAAGAAGAACUUUACUUACCCCCGAGGGGAAAUUUGAUUGUUUUUAAUCUGAAAUUUUGUUUUCAGUCAGAUUAUUUAGGAUAAAAUGAUAGACACAUGCUCAGAGAGAAACUACAACAGAUGGUGAAAAUCAAAGUUCUGAUGCAGUUUUUGAACAUUGACCCAACAAAUGAUUAAUCAGUCUGUGCAGCCGAAUUUCUUUGUUGAGUGUGCUUUACUGUAUGACCACUGUGACUUUACAAAGGUCUCAGUUUUGUUUUCUUUCCCAUCACACAACAGAGAGCCAGAUUUGCUAGAAGCCAAUGAUAAGCGUGACAAAACUCAGCUGAGCCACACCACCCUGAGCUGGCAGUUCAAAAACCCACAAAACACCCCAAAGCUUUUCACUGACAAAAAAGGAAACAGGGAGCAUCAGGGUGAGCUAGUUUGAAAAAUAAGGCUUUUCCACAAGUUUACAGUUUCCUGGUAACUUCUGUUUAGAAACGGUCUGACUGGAAAUACUAGCUGAAGCCCUCUUUGACGUUUGAGUACCGAAACAAACUUAAGUCUCACUUUUCUCACCUGGCUCUCAUUUUUUCUUUCUUCUUCUUUCAGCCAAGAAAGCAGCAGACGGCUCUGUGAUCGCCAACGGCUACUGUGACUUCUGCCUCGGAGGCUCGAAGAAGACGGGCUGUCCUGAAGACCUAAUCUCCUGUGCAGACUGUGGACGCUCAGGUAGGACACCGCUGGAGGGAAUGGUUGGCAGGAGGAAGGCGGUCCUUUGUUGAUGCGCAGAUUUCAUGCUGUUGAGAAUAGACUUCUUAUUGAAACAAAUGAAAGUUUUGAUUCCUGUUUUACAAAAAAGUUGGACCAUACCGGUAUCCCUGCUUGUUGCCCAGCUACAAAUCAUGUACAAAUACUCAACCUCAUUAAAAGCCAACUGUUGAAAUGAGUUUUUGAGGAUUUUCUUUUCUUUUGAGUACAGUUUGAAAAAAAAAAACUUCUGCAGACACUAAAAACUGACCACGGAUGACUUUUUCUAAAACGAUGGUGGCCCUGAAGGACACAAAACCUACAGUACAAACAUGCAUGUUUCAAACUAACAACAACAACAAAAAAAUAGGCAGAAUUACUUUGUAUCGACGAUAACUUACAUCAUAGUUAAAAACACCUGUGGAAUUUGCAAAGGCAGUCAGGGGUGUCACUUUUGAAUCUUAUUGUCCUUGCAGGCUGCUGUUACGGCUUUUAUCACUACUGUCAUGUUUAUGAGUUUCUGUAAGUGUAAUUUUGUUGCACUGCAUCACCCCUCAGUGGUGUAAUGUCACAAACUUUGCUGUGAGUUUUUGCUGAUUCUUCUUUUAUUUAUUUAUUUUUUUAAAUCUGGUUUAUUAUAAUGUUAUAUUGGUGUCACAUGUCAGCCACCCUAAAAAUAAACGAAACGUCAUAAAACCCUGUCUGCUGCAGACUUUUUAAUCCUGGCUUCAUGUUCAGUAUCCUGCUGCACAGUUAUGAUAUUAUAAAGCAUUGUCUAUUUCUAUGAGCAGACAGAGUAUGCUGUGAUUUUAACUUCAGAAGAGCUGAAGUUUAUUUUUUAAAUGUGAUUGCAUUUUAUUUAUCUCAGUAUAAGUCUCCAUGUUUUUGUUAAUGAAAGUGUUUGUAUCCAUUACUGCUGUAUGCAUUAACUGCAGUGUAUGCGGUGCACAUUUUGUUUACUUAAUAACUGAUUGCAUGUACUGUACAUACCUAUAUUUCCGCCUUAUGUUUCUUUUCAACUGGAAAUAAAAACAUGUGAAAAGAUGUACGUGAUUUGUAGUGAAUGGGCUGCAGCUUGCAAACACUGGUAUGGUCCUCGACUGUAAAAACACCCACUAAGAAGAAAUAUGGAGGUCAGAAAAUGAGGAUGAUAUAACAGUAUUUCUAUUGUCAUGUUCAUAGAAUAGCAAGUACCAGGAAGCGGUGUAAUAAUAGGACAAGAAGAGCCACAGAGAGGGAGAAAGACUGCAUUUUCUCUUUUACAUCUGAAGUAGACUGCAGUGGAGGGGGUCACUGUUGUUUUGAACUGUGAUAAGACUUGUUCAACAAUUUAAUAGUCCCUAGUAUAAAAAGAAAUAUAGCUGAGGAAAUCAAGUAUAUAUAUUUUUGAGAAGAUCUGCAAAGAGUCACUGAUAAAUAUCCUAAUGAAGCAGACGGGGCGGGGGAUUGGUUCAGCAGUUGCUGAUGAAUGACUCCUCAAGGUGCAGGGAGUAAUGGUUAAAAAAAAAAAAACAUUGUAUGGAUGUGUGUGUGUGUGUGCCCGUGUGUGUGUGUGUUUGUACAUAUAUAUGUGUGUGUGUGUGUGUGUGUGUGUGUGUGUGUGUGUGUGUGUGUGUGUGUGCGCCCAGGCCACCCAUCCUGUCUGCAGUUCACAGUGAACAUGACGGCUGCGGUGAGGACUUAUCGCUGGCAGUGCAUCGAGUGCAAGUCCUGCAGUCUGUGUGGCACCUCUGAGAACGACGUAGGAUCGCACUCUAUACUACAUGUUAGCACUAGACACAUGUGGCUGCACACACACACACGUGCACACUCACUUACACACACACCACAUGACACAACCGCAGACAUGCUGUAGAACAUGGAUGUAGUCUCAGCAGCGUCACUCGAUGGUUUCUGAAGUCCAGUAAUGGGAGUCACCAUGUUGAAAAUGCUGACCCAACCUGCAGCUCAGGGGAUCUGAAACACCUACAAAAGUGUCACGUCAAAAGGACACACCCACACUCAACUUUCAGCUGUAGUCUAAUCAGAAACACUUGAGCUAUAAAUAAAUUUACUGUGUACAGAGUAUAUAGAUAAAGUAAUAAAAGGGUUUAAGUACCAGGCUGUCUAAUUAAAAUAAGCAUUUUAAUAUGGGGUCUUAUGGACUUUGAUGCUGGCCUUAUUUUUCUGCGGCAGAGCCCCCCUUUUGGUGGUAUACUACACUGGAAAACUGAAAAACCUGUUGCACAACUUAGAACUUUUUUUUCACUUUUACCUUACCUGUCCUCUGCAUGAUACAGCUUCUCUUAGAGAAUCACAGCAAAACUGAAAAAUACAUUACCCAUGGUGCACUGAGAGAGAGAGAGAGAUCUAAGUGAAACAAAGACAGCAGCAGUGUUAGCAUAGCUCUGACAGAUGUCAUAUUACAUUUUCUGACUGAACCAUCUAUUAAGUGCAGAUAUUAAAACAUAAUUUAGAUAUUAAACUGAAAGUAGCUCCAUCAUCACACACCAAAAAGGGAAGGAGAAGACAUACAGGAACUUGGAGCUCUGUUUAUGUCUUAUAUCAUUAAAUUCGAUCAUAAGUUAGUUUAGAUUCACAAGCUUUUCCUGACUCUCCACCACUCCAUUACUCUCUGCCAUCCGUUAUCCAGUCAGCCUCACGGGAAUUAAACAGAUUUGAUCCUUUUGGACACACAAAUUUAGACAUGCAUAUGCCAUAAGAUGUAAGAGAGAGGGGGCUGUGGCUUUAAGUUUAAAGACAUGCUUUCAUUGAAAUGGCCAGCAGGGGGUGACUUAAAAGAUCGUAAAUCAAAGUUUGAUUCUUUGAUGAGAAAUAAGUUAACUUUUUACCUUCAGUAUAAAUCAGUCAUUUUAAUGCAACAUUUUUUUUUAAUAUGAUGUUGAUAUUUUUAAUGAAGCUGUGAGUAAAUGAGUGCUUGUUUUGAAGAGUGGCUAACCAUAACGAGACACACCAGUGAGCAUCCUCCGUGUUCAAAUUUAUUCAUUUAUUUAUUUGUUGACUCAACAUGGACAUACAGCAACAUCGAUGCUGAAUAACUUAAGUAUGCACAGCUUACAGAUACACUGCACAAUGAUCAAUAGUAAAAAAAAAAAAAAAAGGGGGGGGGGGGGGGGUUAAAGGGGCUUUCACAAACCAAAGGGUGGGGUCUCUGUGACUACGUCCACUUCUUGAACAGACACUUUGAUGGUUUGAUAUUUUCUGAGCUUUUCUCCAUUUUUUCACUGCUCACGAAAGAGCAACAGCUCAGAUAUAUAAAGCGGCAUAUAUCCAUAUCACACAUACCCAUGAUUUAUAUUUAUUUAUAUUGAUUAAGACACACAUUCUCAAUACUCCACACAUGUACUGAUGUCCACAUCAAUGAUUCUCAGACCCGUCCUGACAUGAUAACAUGUGUUAAUAUGAGUUUUUCUCCUCUGUUUUAGGACCAGCUGUUGUUCUGUGAUGAUUGUGACAGAGGCUACCACAUGUACUGUCUGAGCCCCCCCAUGUCUGAACCUCCAGAGGGUAUGUAUGAUAUGAUAGCCUUUAGUUACAUUUACUCCUCACUAAAACGUCUAUUCUCUUCUGCCUCAGUCCACUUGUUCAGUUUAGUCCUCUACCUCUGGUCUUGGUGUUUUAGAUCAUUUCGAUGUUAGUUCUCUGAAAGCAGCUCUCAGCACUUGAUAUGGGAAGCAAGAAUUAUACACAUUGCAUGCACACUGUCAAGGCCAAUAUUGACAUUACGGCCACCUUAACAACUGCACAACCUAUAAAUGAAUACACUGCUGCAGCACAUUUAGCUCUCACACAUAUAUCAACCUGGUAUAUAUACACACAUUAUCCCAGUAAGAGUUUCAGUAUUCAGUCGUAUCAAACAUGAGCCAAGAAUCAAAACAUUUUCUCCAACCUUAGACCAGAACUGACCCCAGAAUCUCAGUUUCUUUGUCACUGCUGUCCUGGCGUCCUUCAGCCCAGGAUCUUACCAGUAGUACUGGGAUCUUGGGGUCAGUUCAGGUCCAUUAAAACAGAAGUGAGGACAGAUGAUUGUCAAUAAAUCGAUUCAGUUGGAUCACCUUAUAAAGUUUUAACUGAAUCUUUACUAAACUGUGCGUGUAAACACACUGAGCAACAGCGUCAUUGACUUUGAGAAGUAAGUGUAACUAACCUGAACUUUAAACCCAGCCCUAAAGAAGAAUGACAGCCAAAACAGAGGGAAGAAAAACCCUCUUAACACACCUCACACCACAGGAUACUCCGACAAGAUCCUCCUCACAACCGUACGACAAUCAGGCUUUUGUUGGUGUUUGUCAAAAGUGAGGCUUCAGGCCAAAAUCAGUGAGAUAAUCUUGUAGUGUGCACCCUGGGAGGUGUUACUUAUUGACAGCCCCGCAAAUAACUCUGAGAAUACGGGCAGCGUUAAGAGGAACGACCACAGACCGGAGGUUUCCAAAGUGUUUUUAAGAAGGUUUCCUGGAUUUACAGACCUGUGUUUGAUCAUACGUCUCUGCUGGGCUCCGCUGAGGACAGUUUGGUGUUUGCACUGAAUUAUGUAACUGUCUGUGCUGUAGGUGGGAGACAAUCACUGAGGAGAGUGAAAACCUGGGGCCAGCAUAGUCAGGCCGUCUCUGAGUUGACUUUUAGGAGUGAAAUAAUGAAAAGAGUGGCUGAAUUGGGACAGAUGGAGGUCUGGGUCUCUUUGUGGGAUGGUUUUAAUCUGGAUGAAAGAAGCAGGGCUGGUUCCCUCUGCAGCACUGGAGCAGGUACAGCCAAUCAAAGUGAGCUGUCAUUUCUCCUCUCCUCUUAAGAUGGCUGCCGUCGGAUAUUUGAUUGUGUUGUCAUGGUAAUGAGUGGUAGGAGAGAUAAUCUGUUUCCAUGGCAAAAAUGUCACUUGUCUGAACAUACACAGCAGUGCCACUCGUGUUCGACACUCACCAACAGUGUCACGCUCUGCCCACACAUGCAAAGCUCCUGAUCAACAGGAAAAUUCAACAGCAGGAUUCAGUCUGCAGAGGAGACCCAACGCUUGGCAAACUUAUAUUUUUAAACGCACUCCUGUGUGUUUGAUGCUCAUAAAACACCUUGAGGCUGAGUACAGCAGGGUGCACACGCACUUUGAAGUCUAAAAGGUUGAGAUUCACAUUUAAACAUCCAUCUGAAGUUGAUGUUUAAUUAAUGUCACAAAUCCCCUGCCCAAAUCCAAACUAAACUAGUCGUCAAAUCCCCGGCAUCCGCACACCACGGGCACAGCUUGUGGUGUUUCAACACGCAGCUUUAAUUUACAGUAUUACUUAAUGCUCUGUCUAAAAUGAGGCAUUAAUCCACAAGGCUUUACAAUAGCAGUGAUUGAACUUCUGAUCUGUUUGUGUGUGUGUGUGUGUGUGUGUGUGUGUGUGUGUGUGUGUGUGUGUGUGUGUGUGUGUGUGUGUGUGUGUGUGUGUGUGUGUGUGUGUGUGUGUGUGUCGUACAGGGAGCUGGAGCUGUCAUCUGUGUCUGAGACAACUGAAGGAAAAGGCCUCAGCCUACAUCACCCUCACUUAAUCUGCUGGAGCUGAGCCUCAUCCUCUUGGCCCUUCAUCCUCUCCCAAAACUCCUCUUCAUCCCCCUUCGCUGCCCCCUUGUCCUCCUCCUUUUCCCCCUCCUCAUUCCACCCUGGUGACCUUUGACAUGUCCGAGCACACUGCACUCAUCUUUGGACGUCCUCCCCGAUGUGCUCGACCUGACCCCGCCCCCCAUUUCCUCACCCGUCCCGCCUUUCUUGCUCCGUCUGGACUAAGGGAUUCAUCAGCUGGCAGUAAGUUUGCUAGCAAGAUACUCACUCCAGUCUGCCAAGGGCACUUCAGAGGCAGACUACUCCACAGGAACCCUCUUAAGGGCCCUCAGAAGAGCCCUAAUGAUCUUCAGCUGCAACUCCGUCAAGUGUGAGUGAGAAUUAAUAGGAUGGAUAGGUGUAAGGCCGAGGACAGGGCAUGGGAGACUCUGCAAAAACCACGGAGCCGUAUGUUUCAGCGUUAGCCAACUGUGAAAUAUACACUAACCAAAAUUUCACCCCCUCCCUCAGUCCUUUCCUGCUCCCAGCAGAGACCAGGCGUUGGACUCUUGUGUUUGUCUGCAGGGCCGGCUGCCUCUGUGCAGGCAGGAGGGGAAGAAUUGUACAGAAUUCAGACUGAUUCUCUAUCUCCACCCUGAAAAUCCCUCCUCCUCACUGCCGAACAAUGAGCAUUAG